CCGGAACUCGCUGAAGGAUGCUGAGUUUGAUAGACUAGAAAACCGGAAGUAGACAGUAUUCUCCGUCUCGCGGGCCCGUGUGGUAAGAUACGAUUAUUUUGGCGGGAAGAGAUUCAGUGAGGGCCGGUGAGGGCUAUAGUGAGCGUACUGACAGCUCUCUGCGGUACGAGCACACUGGGUUAUAGUCACUACAGCUACCAUUUAUAAUGUCUUAGUGUUAUAUCGGCUUAAUUCAGACCCAAUUAUUAUGUAAUCUCGGUCACCAUUUCUAAUGUAUAGCAUUACACUCUGAGCUCUAACUCCCACUACUCCUGGGCGGCAGCAAUGACUAUAGUACACAUCAUCCCCAAUACAUACAAUAAAGAUCAAAGUUACCUGACCAAUAUCACAAAUCCCUGUUUUAAAAUUGCGUUCCUCCUCGCAUCCUGUCUGGCGCCAUGAAUGAAUGAAUAUCCGCUGUUCUAUUACUGAAUGUUUGCAUUAAACGUGCUAUAUUCCUGAAUAGAUAAACGCCAGUAAUAAAUGUCUUAGAACAAAAAAAGUAAAUAUAGUGCAGAUUUUAUCAAACUUAGAACUAUUAAUAUAAUUAUUUGUGCCCUUAUUAUUAUUUAUAUAGCGCCAUAAAAUUCGCAAACUGUCCCAAAAUCCAUACCUAAAAUUUAUUUAAAGUUAGUGUCCGUGUUUACACUGGAUAACUAUCAGACGCUGGUACUUAGCAGGGAGUAGUGUUUAUAAAAAAUCAACUUGCGGUCUCUUAAAACUCUCAGCCCUUCUGGAAAAGUCUCCCCUUUGAUGCGCUGAUCUAGCGAAACGUACGUCAGGGGCUCUGGGGCAUUGCUGUGUCCACAAUAUUUGUUUGCAGCAAUUUCUGGCUUUUAGGAACAACUCUUUUUAAUUUGUUCCGUGUUUUGGCAUCUUUCUCUUCAUCUUUUUAUUUUGUAUUUUCAUUUAUCUCUAGAGCGGGUGGAUUAUAUUGCAUUUCAAACUAGGGUCAUUUUAGGGGUAAGGGAUCGAAGGCACAAUAGGGACAGUAUUCUUGUUGAUCCCUUUCCCUCUCUAUCCUACCCUGUUCUACAUCUGAUAUUACUGCAGGAGUUUCUACCUCCAGCGUUAGACACUUCACUAAACAGACAUCUACACUUUCCUAACCACAGAAGCUGUUAGCUACUUUUGUUAUACCUUUGGCUACAUCCCUGAAGCUACUGAGAUACAUAGAUGCCAAAGCAGAGUCAGAAUUAUCAUUAUUAAAGGACCACUAUAGUGCCAGGAAAACAUACUUGUUUUCCUGGCACUAUAGUGUCCUGAGGGUGCCCCACCCUCAGGGUCCCCCUCCCGUCUGGCUCUGGGGAGAGGAAGGGGUUAAAACUUAUCUUUUUUUUCCAGCUCCGGGCAGGCUGUCUGUAAUGACAGGUGGUCCCCCUGUUGGCUGAAAAUAAAAAUAAAAUAAAUUUAAAGUGUAAAAAAAAAAAAAAAUGUAUACUUAGAUUAUAUAUAUAUAUAUAUAUAUAUAUAUAUAUAUAUAUAUAUAUAUAUAUAUAUUCAAAUUACAGGUAGACUGAUACUGAUUAAAUAUAUAUAUAAUUAUUGUUAUAUAUAUUUAUAUAUAAUAUAAAAAAAUUAAAUAUGUAAAUACGUUAAAAAAUUAAAUAAAAAUUAAAAAAUACAUGUGUUAUUUCGUUCUAACUGUAUUGUGAUAUUAAUAUAUAUAUUUAUAUCAAAAUACACGUAGAACGAAAUAAUAUAUAUAUCUACAUACAUAAAUAUAUACGUAUAUAUCACUAUAUAUAUACCUAUAUAUAAAUAAAAUAAUUUUUUUUAAAUUAUAUAUAUACACAUAUAGAUUCACAUACGUAUAUAUAUAUAUAUAUAUAUAUAUAUAUAUAUUAUUCUACAUAUAUAUUUAUGUAAUAUUUUUACAUAAUUAGGUAUCUUAAUUAAUUACAAUUAGCGGGACCUGCCUGACAACCCAUGCCAAAGUAAAGGAAAUUUAAUUUGCUAGCACUAUAUUUAACCCUAUAACUUUCCAAGACACCAUAAAACCUGUACAUGGGGGGUAGUGUUCUACUCGGGAGACUUCGCUGAACACAAAUAUUAGUGUUUCAAAACAGUAAAGUGUAUUACAACGAUGAUAUCGCCAGUAAAAGUGAAGUUUUUUGCCUUUUUCAUGCACAAACAGCACUUACACGGAUGAUAUUAUUGCUAUGAUACUUUUUACUGUUUUGAAACACAAAUAUUUGUGUUCAGCGAAGUCUCCCGAGUACAACAGUACCCCUCAUGUACAGGUUUUAUGGUGUUUUCAAAAGUUACAGCGUCAAAUAUAAGGCUUGCGUUUCAUUUUUUUCACAUUAAAAUUUGCCAGAUUGGUUAUGGUGCCUUUGAGACUCUAUGGUAGCCCAAGAAUGAAAAUUACCCCUAUGAUGGCAUACCAUUUGCAAUAGUAGACAACCCAAGGUAUUGCAAACGGGGUAUGUCCAGUCUUUUUUAGUAGCCACUUAGUCACAAACACUGGCCAAAAUUGGCGGUUUUUGCAUUUUUCACACAAACAAAUACUAACGCUAUCUUUGGCCAGUGUUUGUGACCAAAUGGCUACUAAAAAAGACUGGACAUACCCCAUUUGCAAUACCUUGGGUUGUCUACUAUUGCAAAUGGUAUGCCAUUAUGGGUGUAAAUUUCAUUCCUGGGCUACUAUAAAGUCCCAAAGGCAACGUAACCAAUCUGGCGAAUUUCAAUUUCAAAUGUAACGUGCUAUAUUUGACCCUGUAACUUCCCAAAACGCCAUAAAACCUGUACAUAGGGGGUACUGUUUUACACGUGAGACUUUGCUGAAUACAAAUAUGUGUAUUUUAUUGCAGUAAAAGCAAACAGUAUUAUGAAAUUGACAGUUAAAAUGUCAUGUAGAACUAAAAAAAAUCUUAUUUUCUCCCAUUUAUUUUCAUAUUAAAUUAUGUUUCAUAGCUAAAUAUUUGAUAAAAAUGAAAGACCUGUUUCCCCUGAAUAAAAUGAUAUAUAAUAAGGGUGGGUAAAUUUAAUAUGAAAGAGGUGAAUUACGGUUGGACAGACAUGUAGCUCAAAUGCCAGGUUUUGUUUACAUUUUGUUUAGUUCACAACGUGUACAUUUGGCUCCGUCCUUAUGGGGUUAAACCACUUUUUUAGGGGUACUUACUACCUUACCUGCAGUGUGGACCAGUUUCUGCUAUUUUUAACAUUGUUUUGUACAUGUGUGUAUAGUACUAUUAGUUUUGUGUUGUAGUUGGUCUCUUCUGUCCUUUGAAACUUUUUAGUGAUUAAUACUCUUAUUAAAAGUUAUGUUUUGUUUCAGACAUAUUUUGUUUCAUUGACAGCCGCUAGAGGCGCUUCCGCGCUUCUCCCUGUGAUUUUUCACAGUGAGAAGACGCUGCCGUCCAUAUUAAAACAUUGAGAAAUGCUUUCCUAUGGACUCAUUGAAUGUGCGCACGGCUCUUGCCGCGGAUGACGUCAGAAUGGGAGGAGAGUCCCCAGCGCCGAAGGAAGCCUGGCGAUGGAGAAAGGUAAUCAUUUAACCCCACCUGAGCCCUGCGGAAGGGGGGCCUUGAGGGUGGGGGGGACCCUAUAGUGCCAGGAAAACAAGUUUGUUUUCCUGGCACUAUAGUGGUCCUUUAAACCUGGUUUAGGUCAUUGGGCCAUGAAUGUCCUCCAUGGCUCCAGUGUGACCUGCUGAACCACUUAAACAUGGUUGGACACUUACUUGGAACAAGACAUUUACUUAGAGCUGAAGAAGUUGUCAGUUGUGUUUAGUAGGAGAUCUUAUUUGACUAAUUCAUUGACUGAGAGUACUCUGCUGAGACUCUCAACCACGGAUUAAUUAUAUUGGCAACUAAUUUCACCACCUCAAGAAGACCAAAUGUAGCAUGGAUGCCCACCGGGAUCUGACAGCAGGGGGACUGUCUGAGAUGUCAGACAGUCCCCCUGCUGGUGUAAAGUGUAAACAUAUAUGUGUAUGUAUGUGUGUGUGUAUAUGUAUGUGUGUGUGUAUGUAUAUAUGUGUAUAUAUAUAUAUGUGUAACGUCAUACAUAGUGUAUUUUAAUAUUAAUAUAAGUACAUAUAUUAGUAUUAAAAUACACUUAGAAUGACGUUAUAUAUAUAUAUAUAUAUAUAUACACAUGUGUAUAAUUACAAUAAUAAAUAAAUAAAAUAUUGAAACAAAAUCUAAUAUAAAUUAUAUAUUCAUAUGUAAUUUCAUUCUAACUGUAUUUUGUUAUUAAUAUAUAUAUAUAUAUAUAUAUAUAUAUGUGUAUGUAACAAAAUACACUUAGAAUGACAUUCUAUAAAUAUCUAUCUAUAUGUAAAAUACAAAUAACCGCAAAUAAAUAUAUAUAUAUUUGUGUUCGGGGCAAAUAGCCGUAUAUGGAGUAAGGUUCCAGCAUAAGUGUAUAUAUAUUAAAAUUCUACAUGUAUAAUUAAUCUUUUAACAUAAUUAUGUGAUUUGAUUGACAUGCCUGACACAGGGAGAAAGUGCAGAGAAUUUAAUUCGCAAGCACUAUAUUUGACCCUGUAACUCUCCAAGACACCAAAAAAACCUGUACAAUGGGGGUACUGUUUUACUCAGGAGACUUCGCUGAACUCAAAUAUUAGUGUUUCAAACUGGUAAAUUGUAUUACAACAAUCAUAUUUUAAGUAAAAGUGAAGUUUUUUGCAUUUUUUAUGGACUAUAUUAUUGUUGUAAUAUGUUUUACUGUUUUAAAACACUAAUAUUUGUGUUUAGUGAAGUCUCCCGAGAAUAACAUUACCCCCCAUGUACAGGUUUUAUGGUGUUUUGGAAAGUUAGAGAGUCCCAUGUAAGUAAGGCUUGCAUUUAAUUUUUUUGACAUUGAAAUUUGCCAGAUUGGUUAUGUUGCCUUUGAGAGCGUAUGGUAGCCCAGGCAUGAGAAUUACCCCCAUGAUGGCAUACCAUUUGCAAAAGUAGACAACCCAAGGUAUUGCAAGUGGGGUAUGUCCAGUCUUUCUUAGUAGCCAUUUAGUCACAAACACUGGCCAAAUAUUAGUUUUUUGCUUUUUUUCACACAAAAACAAAUAUGAACGCUAACUUUGGCCAGUGUUUGUGACUAAGUGGCUACUAAAAAAGACCAAACGUACCCCACUUUCAAUACAUUGGCUUGUCUACUUUUUCAAAUGGUAUGCCAUUAUGGGGGUAAUUCUCAUUCCUGGGCUACCACACACGUCUCAAAGGUAACAUUACUAAUCUGGCAAAUUUGAAAAUGGAACAUUCUAUAUUUGACCCUGUAACUUUCCAAAACACCAUAAGACCUCUUAAUGGGGGGUACUGUUGUACUCGUGAGACAUCGCUGAUUACAAAUAUGUGCAUUUUUUUGCAGUAAAACCUAACAGUAUUAUGACAUUCACAGCUAAAAUGUCAGACGGAAAAUCAAAUUUAAAAAAAAAAAAUCGUAUUUUCUCACAUUUUUUUAAAAUUUUAUUCAUAAUAAAUUAUGUUCCAUAUAUGAUUAGUUAACGAUAAAUUAAAGCCCUGUUUCUCCUGAACAAAAUGAUAUAUAAUAAGUGUGGGUGCACUUAAUGUGACAGCUGUGAAUUACGGUUGAACAGACAUAGCGCAAAUUCCAUUUUUUGUUUACGUUUUGGUUUGAUCAGAACAUGUACAUUUGGCUCAGUCCUUAAGGGGUUAAGAUACAGUUGUUUUUGGUGACUACAGUGUCUCUUUUAAGUGCAUUUUAGGCUUCACUGGGUUACUAUUUGCCUAGCACCUCAUGUUCCUUAAGUUUUUUUUUUUUUUUUUUUUUGGCAAUUUGUUUUCAUGCAGGCUGUGUCAGUCACAGUCAGUGGAGGUGUGGCUAGGGCUGUGUUAACCAAAAAAAAAGAGAUUUAACAAAAAAAUGGUAGUGAAUUGAGCAGUGAAACUUCAGAGUCAUGAUCUAUACACAAAAACUGCUUCAAUAAACUAAAGUUCUUUUGGUGACUAUAGUGUCCCUUUAGGUUAUGUGUCUUCUAUCCAGUGCUUGCUAGCCAACAACCACAGUAAAAAUUUAUAAAAUGUACAUUUCCUCCCUUAUGCCCCUGCUCUGCUGCCUUUGCAGUCAGUUUUGCCCAAUCCAGACAUUUGUUAUAUCUCAUGAACUGUGUAUAGAUUUUGCAGUCUAAAUGCCCCUGUACUGAACCAUGGCCAUUUGGAAUGUAGUUAAUAAUCCCCUUUGUGUGUACCGGUACAUAGAAAGCAAAAAUAAAAUGUACAUAUCCUUAUUCUUUAGAAAUAAAUGCAUUGUUUUAGGCUUUUUCUUUUUAAUUCAAAGUAGAAGUAGUUUUUUUUAUUCUUUGUAAUAUGGUACACCUUUGUGCCUGUCCUAUAAAUAAACUGACAAGACACAAAAGUCAUGUACAGAGAUUCCCGCCCUUGUAAAUAAGGAAGCAUUUAAAUUAUAAAUAAACAAAAAAGAAAUCUAAAAAGUUUGCACAGUACACCAUCUAGACAGGCUCUAAUAAGAUUACAAUGUGCUUAUAACUAGCUGUCAACCGUGGCAUUGUUUUGUACGAGUGUGAUUGCGUAACAUCCAGAGCGUUGGAGCCUGUGUUGCAACUGGUCAAAUAAAAUCUUAGAUUAAAUAAAUGUAAAUAGUUGGAGGGUGGGGUAGGGAAAAACAGGUGCUGCCUCUGCCCAAUCAUAAACUUUCUCUUGCAUUGCAUUUUAUGGAAGGUCAUACUGCCUAGCCCAGAUUUUCUGGAAAGUAGUAGCUGUGCCGCCCCUCACAGCAACCACAAACUAAUCCAUUAUCGUAUUGUGUUCUAUAACAGAAUUAACUAAUCUAAGUUAGAUCACAUCGUGCUUAAGCCACAUGGUCACCAGCAACUGCCUGGCAGCUAAAAUGAUUUUAUCGUUACGUUUUUGCUCAUGCCUGAACAGACCUUUCACUAAUCUAAAAAGAAAAAAGGGCAAGGGUCAAUUUCCAUUUUGGUCUCUGGAACACUUUAUCUAGUAAUGAUUUAAUUUGUCGUAAAAACCUGCAUAACCUUAGGGUACUCCCACCACAUAUGAACAUAGGAUCCCCUGUAACACAGAUCACUGGGGAUUUUGCCUAUUUUAAAUAGUUUGACUGGGGUAGUAUACCAUCUGUGUAUUAUUUUCUGCACAUGUUCGUGCAGGGAUAUAGAUAUAAAGGCUGCGGUCUCCUAGAUGGUUUUCUAUACCUCCGCCUCCUGGGUCUUCCUCCCACUGCCGAAUAUGUGCUAAGUGUACCCACAGUCGAGAUUUAGAGCAUGUGGUUAUACAUUAGAAAUCAAUACUUUUUUUGGGCAACUUCUCCUUCACAUAAUUGUUCAAACAUCGGAAACUAUUUUGGCUGCUAUUUUAACGUCUUCUCUAGCUGCAAAGUCUCAAAGUUUUAUGGAAAAAUAAUCCCUUGUGGUUAUAAGGACUGUCCCAGACAAUUCCCUGAGGUUUGUCCCCCUCCCCCUGUCUACAAAUGGUAGUUCCUUUGAAUUCCUGCUUCCUCUAUGUUUUUAAAAUCCCUAGCAUCGAUGCCCAGGGGGAAAUCCAUAUUCCAAAAGUAUGGGGCCAUUAGGGGGGAGGGGUAUCAGACAAAACAAAUUUAGUCCUAAGUCUAUAACAUAAAGAAAUGGAAUUCGGUAUGGCCGGAUAUUGAAUACUCAAAAUUGCUCUUUGCUUUUUACCGAACAUAUAUAGAACUGUUGGAGGUCCAACCCUAAUAGAGAAUAUUCAUGGUCCACCCAUCACCUCAACCCAUGUAGAGAGUGCCACAUUACAACCUGAGUCAACUGAGCUGUGCAGUCGUGCAUGACUAAACACGAGAGCCGCAGUACCCCCCUGUCUAGGCCUGUACAGUAGUUUCCUGGCAAUCCGAUGCCUCCUAAUAUUCCAAACAAGCUGAUCUAUACUCCUCUAUAGGCUGGCUAGAUCAUGAUUAGAAACCACAAACGGGAGGGCUUGGGGAAAAAAAAAUAAGAAAUAGAUUUCUCUCCCCAAGAUUCCAUAUUUUUUAUUUUAUUUUUUGACAAUCUUUAUUUUGACUUUUAGCAUCGGUACAGUGUGUCGAUUCUUGAACAGAGUAAGGUACAAAAUAUCAACUUAUAAGAGGUAUAACAUCUAACAGGAUAGAAACAGUACAUGCACACAAAAAACCACGGGGGAUCUUAAAACAGCUGACCUAUACUAAUGGGUGAGACCCAGAUAAUGGCAUGGUGAUGGAAGGCCGGGUCUGUCACGCACUAUGAUCAGGUGCGGUGGUCAGUGUCUCUCUAGUGACCUCUUCUGGUGUAAGGCAGUCAAGAACGUGGCUCCCUGUCUUGUGAGAGCGUAUCAGUAAGUCGACGUAGUCACGGUCAGUUGUCCGGGGAGUUAAACCGGGAUCAUUGUCCAGUUUGUCAGAGGCCCGCUCAUGGUUACACUAACAAAUGUCUGCGGCCAAGGGGGUCAUCAGAGAGGUCGGGUCUCAGUCAGCCGUCCGGCUAUCGUUCAGGAGCUGUUGGUUGAGAGGGAGGGGGAAGUGGGGGGGGGAAGAGGCUCCCGGCUCCCAGCCCCACCCGCCGAGAGGUACCACAGCCAGGGCGUCCAAGUGCGAGCACAUUUCUCUUGCCUAUCAUACAACGCUGCUGUAAGGGAUUCCAUACUAUAUAGUUCCCCCACCUUGUUGAUCCACUGCUGGAGUGUGGGCGCAUCCUUGUGUCUCCACCUUGUAGGGACCAGUGCAAUGGCUGCCGUUAGUAGGUGUUUUAUCAGAGAUUUCUUGUAUACUGAAAGGGUCAUGUCAGUGUGAUGGAGGAUCAUGGUGAGGGGUUGUAGUGGAAGGGCAAUAUCUGUGAUUUGCUCAAUGGUCUCUUGGAUCGUGGUCCAGAAGGGGGCGAUACCCGGGCAGCUCCACCAGAUGUGGAGGGAGGAGCCAUCGGCAUCGCCACAUCUCCAACAAUCCCCGGGUAUCUCAGGGUUUAUACGGUGCAGAAUGUCUGGGGUUCUAUACCAGUGCGUGAAGACCUUAAAGCUGGUCUCCUGAAGUUUGGAGCUGAUGGAACACUUAUGUGUUAGAAUAAAAAUCUUGUCCCAGUCCUGGUCUGUGAGCGUGGUUCCUGCCUCUCUCUCCCAUCUAGUAAUGUAUCUUGGGUGCGACGGGUUUUCUCCAUUAGCGAGAAGUGUGUAAAGUGUGGAAACGCCCCUCAUAGGGUGAGCCCUUGCGGUGCAGAGUGUUUCGAACUGCGUGUGGAUUCUGUGGAGGCCCUGUUUGUUUGGGAAGGUCGCGUAGUAUGCCCGUAUUCGGAGAUAGUGGAAGUGGUCUAGGCCUGUGGGUACUGUGUCCCCCAGGAUGUCUGUCAGAGGCUUGAGUCGGUCCCUCUGUAUUAUAUGAUGGAAACUAAUCCAGUCGGAGUCAGGGUAUGCGUGUAGGUCCGCAGGCGUUAGUCCCCCUCCAACCCCCGGAUUGUGUGUGAUGGGCGUGAGAGGGCCAUCCAAGGUGGAAAGUUGAUGCGAGUACCGCACCGUACACCAGACUCGUAGCGUUGCGUCAAUCAUUGGAUUGCCUGUAAGCAGUGCAUUUUGUGCGAGGGAUCCAAGUCACAGGCGGGAGGGAAGGGUUCCGCCCGUCUGAGCUAGUUCCAGGGGGAACCAUAACUUGGCCGUGUGGCGUACGUGCCAGUCCACAGUCCUAAGUAAGUGGGAGGCAUGGUAGUAUCCCAGGAAGGAGGGGAGACCAGCUCCCCCACGGGCUUUGGGGCGUUCUAGGAGCACUUUGCUCACCCUACUCGCUUUCCCGUUCCACACGAAUUGCCGGAUCGCCUUGGAGAGAGAUUGGAAAAAGGCUCUUGGUAUGGAGAUGGGUAUCGUUUGGAACAGGAAUAGGAGACGCGGUAAAACAUUCAUUUUAACGCCAUUGAUCCGGCCGACAUAUUUUGUUUUUAAAGGGACCUCUAAAGUGCUUUAUCUUCUGAAAAGCUUUGUGUGAAGUGUGUCCUAUAAUUUUAUUUUGCAAACAGUGCAGAUUACAAUAGAAAUUGAAACUUUUUUAAAUUAACCUGGUUACACCCCCUUGGCUUUCAAGCAGACAACAGGUCCUGUUACCUCCUGGUUUGGGUAGUUCAUUAGAGCUAAACUCAAGAGGCAGCAAUUGCGCAUAAUUACAUGCUUGCCUGUUUUCAUUUGGAGUAUAUCUACUAAACAGUGACUUAAAAAAAAAAAUUUGUUGUGGGUAGUGGAGCGUAGUGGGGUAUAGUUAGCCAGCAAUAAGGAUAUGGGAAAUCUUUUAUUUUUGUUAUUUUUUGGCGAGUGCAUAAUUAUAAACUUACAGUAUAUGUUGUACAAGGGCAUUCUAUGGAGAGUUGACUGAGUUGACUCUGACAGAUGUAACCCUAUAAAUGCCAACACUGCAAAGUUUUGUCUACAAAAAAAAAGAAUCUGUUCUCUGUGCAUUAGAUAAGGUAUAUAGUUAUAUAUGACAGAGCAUAGAGAAUAGUUCCAGUCAAUGAUAUCAGGUAAACAUUUUAUUAAAGUAAUUUUGAAGGUUCAUAAUAUUUUUGUCCUUAUAACACUUGUUCAUUAAUCUGUUUUCCUGUCUUCUUUCAGUUUAAUGAAUCCGUUGUAGUAAUCCUUUGCAUUAGAAAAUGAAACAAGAUUCAGUGAGGAGUGCUAGCUACACAGUUGACUGUGCAGAUUAUAUACAUGUGGUUGAAUUUAACCCCUUUGAAUCUGGAGAAGAAGGGUCAUUAAUUGCAUUUGGUGGCAACAAUUAUGUCAGUAUUGCUUCAUGCAGGUUCCAGGUAGGUGCAAAAUGUUAUUUAUAUUUUUGUUUUCUAAUGGACUUUUGUUUUAGAAAUAUUGCAUUCUAACUUGAUUUGUGUACUGUAGAAAGUAUUGGUUUGUCUAAAUGAAUUCAGACAAUUUUGGUUUUUUUGUUUCUACAAAACCAUUUUUGAACAGUUUUUUUUUUUUUUUUUUUUUAUGGAGAAGUAAUGUCUUCAGAUACCCCUCAAUUGCUUCUCUUUGCUAGGCAACUAUUGCAGAUGUAUUAGGUUGAGCAUUAGGUGGCAAUCUCAGCCUAUAACUGGCUACCAUUGGUGAGUAAAUGUAUUUACAUUUUGUAAUAUACUCCAUGAAGGCAACCAGUGAUGUUUCUAAGUUAGCACAGCAGCAAAGCAAAGGCCUACUAGGGGACUCCUGAUGGCUUAAUUUGUUUAUGUAGCAUUAAACAUUUGUUUAGUUCAUAUUUUUUGGUUCUAGAAAUAUGUAAUUACUGGCUAUAAUAAUAACCAGUAAUGUAUUCUUAUGCAUGAAAAAUCUAUAAUAUAUUUUAAAUAUUAGAUUUUGUUGACUUGGUCUAAGGCCACUGCAAGAGCACAAAACCCAUUGGUGAUUGUGACUUAAAGGACCACUCUAGGCACCCAGACCACUUCAGCUUUAUGAAGUGGUCUGGGUGCCAGGUCCAGCUAGGUUUAACCCUUUUUUUUAUAAACAUAGCAGUUUCAGAGAAACUGCUAUGUUUAUACUGAGGGUUAAUCCAGCCUCCAGAGCCUCUAGUGGCUGUCUCAUUGACAGCCGCUAGAGGCGCUUGCGUGCUUCUCACUGUGAAAAUCACAGUGAAAGCACGCAAGCGUCCAUAGGAAAGCAUUGUAAAUGCUUUCCUAUGCGACCGGCUGAAUGCGUGCGCGGCUCCUGCCGCGCAUGCGCAUUCAGCCGAUGACGUUGCGAGCAAGGAGGAGUACAGCUCCCCGCCCGGCGCUGGAGAAAGGUAAGUGUAAAACCCCUACCUUUCCCCAGAGCCCGGCGGGUGACUUUAGCAACCAUGUGAAUCCUGUUUUAUGGAAAAUGGCUAGCCCUUAAUGAAUCUGAUUGCCACUCGGUUUUGGGGUUUUUGUUUUUUUUUGGCCUUAGUUUGACCAAAAGAAUGAAUAAAUAUGCAUUCAGAAAAAUUAUUAAAGGGGACUGGAUACUACAUCACUGAACACAACUUUUAAACACACCUAUAACUUAUAGCAGGGGUUCCCAAUACUUAUUUUUUCUGUGGAACCCUUUGACAUAGUGUGCCAACAUCGUGGAACCGCCCAAAACAAUUUGCACCACAACACAUUUUAAUUAGCACAGACAUAUACACACACUGGCGCAUACACACACAGAUAAAAAACACAGACAUAAACACACACUAGCACAUACACUCAGAUAAACACUGACACAGAUGUACAAUCACUGGCACAUACACACACUGGCACACAGAUACACACGUAAUUUUUUAUAUUUGCAGUAACCCUCCUGUUAGUAUACCAGUUGUCUGCAGGAGGGUGACUUGCUGGCUGAGGUUGGUGUGUGUGUGUGUGAUGGAAGUCUCUCUCCCUUCAGCGCAGUGUUCUCUAUAUGAAGCAUGAAGGAAGUGACCAUCCAUCAAUUCCUCCCAGCAUCCCAUACUACGAGGGCCGCAAUACCCAUCGGGUGACCCUAGGUGCAACACCAAUUGGAAAAUAUUAAAGGAAUAUUACAGGGUCAGGAACACAAACGUGUAUUAUUAAUCCUAUAGUUUUAAAACCACCAUUUAGGUGUCUUGCUUCCCCCACUUAAGUUAAAGGAUCACUAUAGGGUCAGGAACACAAACAUGUAUUCCUGACCCUAUAGUAUUAACACCACCAUCUAGCCCCCCUGAGCUGCUUAUGCCUCCAUAAAUAUAGUAAAAAUCUUACUGUAUUCAAACCUGAAACUGUAACUCUGCAUGCUAUUAGACUUAAAAAACCAAGCAGACUGCUGACAUGUGGUAGCCUGAUCCAAUCACAGUGCUUCCCCAUAGGAUUGGCUGAGACUGACAAAGGGGCAGAUCCAGCAUGAUUCAAACACAGCCCUGGCCAAUCAGCAUCUCCUCAUAGAGAUGAAUUAAAUCAAUGAAACUCUAUGAGGAAUGUUCAGUGUCUACAUGCAGAGGGAGGAGAUACUGAAUGUUUGGAAGCAUUUUAGGUAUCCAUGACCCAAGAAGGAUCUCUAACAGCUAUCUGAGGAGUGGCCAGUGAAGUUAUCACUAGGCUGUAAUGUACACACUGCAUUUUCUCUAAAAAUACAAUGUUUACAGCAAAAGGCCUGAAGGUAAUGAUUCUACUCACCAGAACAAAUUCAAUAAGCUGUAGUUGUUCUGGUGACUAGUGUCCCUUUAAUAAAACUCAGCUUAUUACGCUGGAUAUAAGUUAUAACAUUUAACAUCCUGUGAAGUGAGUUCCCCUUUAAGAAAUGGAACAGUCGGUAUAAAUGCUUAUAAAUGGAUUGCCACCCAAUCUUCAAGUAGAGAUUGGCACUACAUGUAUUGUGUAGAUGGAUCCUUGCUUCAGAAUUGGGUUUCACAUAAAUUUUAAUUAUGCAGAAAAUCCCAAAUGAUUUCUUUAGAAGGGUAUGCAAAGUUUCAAUGAAAACAUAUUGACCUUAUGCUUCCGUUCUUAAUUUAUUUAACUUCAAAGCCAAAAAGAGAAAGAACACAGUCUGCACAUAUGUUUGAAAUAUUAAUUUAGAAGGGAACACAGCCUUCUUUUAAUUGUUCAUUUUGUUUAAUUUAAAUGUCUGUCAAGCAUUGCACCUGUUAGUGGCUUUCUGGAAUUUUGACCUAUUUAUUAAAUUCAGAUUGCAGCCCUAUAAGUCAGAGUUUAUAAAAAAAUAAAUAAUACAUCAGUGCCUGGUCAGAAGGACAAGUAGCAAAGAAUAUGCAGUACUUUUUAACUUAAAUGAACACUACAGUGUCAGGAACACAAACAUGUAUUCCUGACACUAUCAUGUAUAAAUAACUAUUAAAGGGACACUAUAGGGUCAGGAACAUAAAACAUGUAUUCCUGAACUAUAGUGUAAAAACACCAUCUAUCCCUAAAUACAGAAAAAACUUUCCUUUAGUUCAGUCUGCUGCUGCUGGCUCUGCCCCGGAUCUGCCUCCUUGGCUGACAUCAUCAGAAGUUAUGAUCUGAGCCAAUCACAAUGCUUUCCCAGAGGAGAGCAUUGGAUUGGCUGAGCUUAUGAAGGAGUCAGAUUAGUGGCAGAGCCAGCACAAACCAAACACAGCCCUGGCCAAUCAGCAUCUCCUCAAUGCACCUCUAUGAGGAAGGUUUAGUUUCUACAUGCAGAGGGUAGAGUAACUGAAUGUCAUGCCCCAGAAAGCACCUCUAGUAGCCAUCUGAUGAGUGGCCAAUGGAUGUAUCCCUAGGCUGUGAUGUAAACACUGCCUUCUCUCUGAUAAAACAGUGUUGUUUGUGAAAAUCCUGAAGGAACUGAUUGUACUCGCCAGAACAAAUACAAUAAGCUGUAGAUGUGACUAUAGUGUCCAUUAAAGAAAACUGGCUUUACUCUGUACAGUAAACGGCUAUUUAAACUCCCUUUUUUUUUUUUUUCACACCACGUCUGUUUUGCGUGGCUUGUUCUGCUUGGCUGAUAUAAUCCACCUACCUGGCUGAUAUAAUCAAGACUCACCAUAGGAAAGCAUUGGGAGACUAUUGUGCAUGCAUGGCAAAACUCCAUGCUGUUCCUAUCCGCAUCUUCUCGUAGAGAUGCAUUAAAUCAAUGCAUCUCUAUGGUGAAUGUUUAGCUCCUCCACGCAGAGCGUUGAGAUGCUGAACGACAGUGCAGCACGGAAAUACAGUUCAAAUUAAAAUUAUUCACUCUCCAUUGAAAAUCCAGUUUAUUGUCAAAAUAUAUGGACUUUCAGCUGUUUGCAAUUAACAAAUCAAAUAAAAGCAAUUGAAAAAUCUCAACACGACGAAUGCUUCAGGUGGUUUCCCCAAAUUCAACUGAAAAUGCAACUUAUUAAAGUUCUCCAAAUAUGCAAAAUGUGUUGUCUAAAGCAUGUUUUGUCUAUUGAACUAAUCAAGGGCACCUCCCAGAAGAUGAGGCCCCACCAGUCAGGAGCAUCUCAUUGUGUUCUUUUAGAUGUGUCCUGCAGGGGCUUACGCGAUUCAUAUGUUUGCACCAACUUUUAGUGUUCAAAAUAAACAGUGCAUUUGAGAUAAAUUAUGUAUUUUUGAUGUUACAUUACUGCUAGUUGGGCAUUCUUUUUUGCAGUUCUAAAUGUUAAUAUUAUUUACCAUUUUUUGUCCAGGAGGAUGAUGCUUCAGUGAGUGGUAUAGAAUUUAAGACGCUGAAAACAUUUAACCAAGGCAUAAGAGCGGACGCUAUAGCCUGGAGUCCAGACACAAACUAUGAUUCUUUAACUCCUCUUUUAAGGUAUGUAUUUGUCCACUUAUUAGACUCCUAAACCACAUUUAUGUCUGCUUUAUCUAAGAGUAAUAAAAAUGUCUUGCAACCAAGAAUUACCCCAAAACUAUUUUUUAUGCACAUUAUUUGUCAAUAUAAUAUUAAGAGAUGUUUGCAUUAUACUCCAUCCAUACCAAGAAGUGACUGACAUUUUUCAUUACACACACAAAAUCCUCAGAGAAACAAAAAGAAAAGGAUGUAAUGUCCUUAGGAUUGUAUAAAGUAAUUCCUAUUUAUGUUUCCCUACUUUGCUAUAAGCUACAAAAAUCUUACAAGGAGGUAGUACACCAUUUCCAGUAUUGUACCUGGUAGCCCAAAAAACACCACACCGUCUUCACUUGUCACCAUUACAAGGGAAAUUCUGAUACUUGGCCUUGCUAAAGGUUAUUAGCAUUACCAAGCUGUAGUAAUGCACCCUCAAAGAUACACAGGAGCUAUAAUCUUACAUACUUACCUAGAAUUACCCGCAGAAAGAAAUGUGCAACUAGAUGUAUGAGGGCUGUUCUGACAGAUACGGAUCAGCUGGUGAAGCUUACAUACAAAUAAAAAUUAAAACAAAAAGAAAGUCCAUAAUUAAAGGGUUACUCCAAGCACCACGACCCUUUCAGUGAUUUGAAGUGGUCAUGGUGCCUGAACUCUGUAUGUGCAGUGUAACUCCACUUCUAACAGUGCCAUUAGGGUGUCAUGAGCCAGCCUGGAACAAGAGUUUGGGGCUAGCUAAUAUUAAUUUUGUUCAUAUUUGGGCAUCUUUCCUCAGUACACACUACUGCGUGCCCCACCACCACUUUAUUUUUUAUUUUUUUGAAUGGGACGGGUCAAUGUAAUCAAGGGUUACUCUGACCGUAAAUUGCUUGUUUUAUUAAAACACUUUUUUUGUUUGUUUUGGCGUAACCCUUUGAAGAAAUUCAAAGAUAUAUAUAUAUAUAUAUAUAUAUAUAUAUAUAUAUAUAUAUAUAUAUAUAUAUAUAUUAAAAUGAGUAAAAUAGAAACAAAUAUAUAUUAAGAAAAGUUAAACACAAAGGACAAGAUUUAAAUGAAGACCUCUAUAAGCCCGACUAUUAACACUUAAUUUUCCAUUCUUCCAGAGCUAAAAUAGAACAGCACAUCCUAUUCUUAGCAAUUUAUGAGAUUUCUACUUACAUGCAGUCUUAUCUGUUUUUUAUGAGAUUUUACAUAAUGUAGCAAAUCAAUGACAGUUUAAAACUUAGCUGCUUUAAUCAAGACGGCAGCCUCUAACACUUCCACUUCUUCUACCCAUAAGUAGCAGUAUGAUAUUACAAUGCAGAAAAAAGACUGCAUCUGGUUGGCUUUAGUCUUAAUGAUACAUGCUGAGUGAUACUGUCUGUUGCUUCAUGUUUGAUUACAAUUGAGAUUUAACGCCAAUUUGAUGCAUUCUAUUGUGGUAUCUAUCUUUCAGGCUUUUUCUAUGGCAGUACCUUGGCUCAUGUUUCCUUUCUUUUUUUAUUUCUCUAUGUAUCAUGGUAAUUUUUUAGUGUCUUGAAGAUAAAUGUACGCUUGUUUUACAUGUGCUCAAAGGCUCUUUGUAAUGCAGGUUUUGUACUGCAGCUAGUGAUAAAAAUCUACGAAUCUUCACUUCAGACCUUCAGGACAAAAAUGAAUUUAAGGUACGCAUUAUAUUAUGUUUUGUUUAAAGGCAUACUCUGCACGAUCUGUAUUCAUUAUAAACUUGGCAAGGAAAAGAAACUUGCAGAAUUUAUCCAGAGGAUACUAGCUACAUUGGCAAAAGACUCCAUAAAGGGACACUAUAGUCACCAAAACAACUUUAGCUUAAUGAAGCAGUCGUGGUCUACAUAUCAUGCCCCUGCACUCUCCCUGCUCAAUUCUGUGCCAAUUAGGAGUUAAAUCACUUUGUUAAUGCAGCCCUAGCCACACCUCCCUGCAAAUGACUUACACAGCCUUCCUAAACACGGCCUGUUAAAGAGUCAUCUAACGAUUACACUUUAUUGUAGGGAUCGACCAAUAUUGAUUUUUUAGAGCCGAUACAGAUAUUCUGUGAACUUUCAGCCCGAUAGCCGAUAACUUACCGAUAUUCUGUACAUUUACCAUUUUGAAAAAAAAUACUUUUUCUAAAGGUAAAUGCACAAAAUAUACAUGCCAUGUGUAGUGGAUGCAGUGUGUAUUUGUGUAGUGGAUGCAGUGUGUAUUUGUGUAGUGUGUAUAUAAUGAAUGCAGAGUGUUUUUGCAGUGUGUAUGGUGAAUGCAGUGUGUGGGUAGUGUGUGUAAAGUGAAUGCUGUAUAUACUAAAUGCGAAGUGUGUGUAUUUGUGUAGUGUGUGUAUAUAGUGAAUGCAGUGUGUUUAUUUGCAUAGUGCGUGUAUAUAAUGCAGUGUGUUUGUGUAGUGUGCAUUAUAUAAACACACUGCAUUAUAUACACACUACACAAACACACUGCAUUUGUAACGGCACCCCAGGCAUAAAAGGGGUUAAACCGCCGUUUAGAAGAUCUUCCCCUUCCAGAUACACAGGCAGCUACCAAAGACACCAAUCCGCCGAACAGGAAACCAUAUGAAUGCCGUAAACCGCCGAACCGGAAUCAUACGAAUGUUGUAAACAGCCGAAUAGGAAAAACCAUACGAAUAGGUUUACACUCCUAGCAGUCAAAUUGGAACAGCAUACAAUAAAUCCCUCCAAGAACGAGACACGGCUCCGUGUUGAGGGUCAAGCAGGAACAGACAGAGCUGUGGGUAUAUUGUUCUUAUAUACACAUUCUUAAACAUUAGUACCACCCACAGGGUUUUGGAAAACAACCAAUAAACACGUACAAUACACUCAGACACUGCCACACAAAAAUCUCCCCUCUGCCUGUGAUACAAUUACCUUACACAAUGGGUAAUGUAAUUAUCACAGGCAGAGAAAUACAGUUUUUCCACAUUAUUCAUAAUUUUAAAAGUAUGCAUCACAUAAAACUUACAUUUUCAGAAUCAGCAUACUCCACAUACAAACAUAUGUCAAAAUCAUACAAAUUGGUCCAGUGGUUCAAAAGAUAGAUCGCAGUCCUUUUGUGACCAAAUGAAGCAUGGCUUUUCUGCCCAGAACCAGUUCCACAGAGUCUUCUAUCCUGGAGAUAAUUGGGAAGUAAUCAAAUUAUCUCCAAAGACAGAGGCAAAACUCCAUUAAGCACAUGGCAGUAAAAUACAAUAAAAUACAGAAGGUUACAUUUAUUACAUAAAAUACAGACAUGAAACAUAUCACCAGAUAGCUUAGGUCUGAGCGCACAUUAUUACUGAAUAGCGCUCAGACCACACACAGUUACAAUUGCCAUGGAGCCAAAGUCUUUUAUUACACGAAUAGGCUCCAUGGCAUAGCGAUCUGGGUUAAAGGAGUUCAUUCAGUAAAUCCGAGAAUCUACCGAACGCCAGGGCAGAAUUACAUGAAUUGACCUUUCUGCAUAGGAAAAUAAAGUAUUUAAAUGCCGGUGCAUAAUCAAAAGGCAGCAGGCAGGCAACCAGGCUCCUCCAAUGCACAGUGGCGAGAUUGGUCUCGUCACAGCAUUAUAUACACUGUGUGUUUCAUAUAAUAUAGUGUGCAUUAUAUACACAGUGUGUUUAUAUAAUGCAGUAUGUUUGUGUAGAGUGCAUUAUAUAAACACACUGCAUUAUAUACACAGUGUGUUUGUGUAGUGUAUAUAAUGGAGUGUGUGUGUUUGUGUAGGUAUGUAAUUGAGGGGGCAUUUUUUAUUAAAACUUUUUUAUUUUUUAUUUUAUUUAUUUUUUUACAUAUGUAAUUAUUAUUAUUUAUUUUUUAGUCCCCCCUCCCUGCUUGUUACUGGGAAGGUAAGUAAACGCUACUGUUAUAUAUUAUCGGAAAUAUCGGUAUCUGAAUUGGCAGAUGCCGAUAUUGCCAAAAAUACAGAAUAUCGGCCAGACCGAUAAUCGGUCGAUCCCUACUUUAUUGUACUUUUAUUUUAAUUUAGCGUUUAUCUCCUGCUCUGUUAAUAGCUUGCUAGACCCUGCAGGAACCUCCUGUAUGUAAUUGAGGUUCCAAUUUAUAGAGCUGGAGAUAAAAACUUUUAAAGUAUUUUACUAUCUAAUUGAAAGUAAAACCAUUUUACUUUUCAUGCACGCUGUGUGAUUCACAGUCAGGGGAGGUGUGGCUAGUCCUGCAUAAACAUAAGCAAAUAUGAUUUAACUCCAGAAGCAGAGGAUUUAGCAGUGAGAAUUCAGAGGCAUGAUCUAUACACAGAAGCUGCUUAAUUAUAACAAUUUGAUUGUAGGCACUAGAUCAUGCUAUCACAACUCACAAAAGUUCAAUUGAACGGUGGGAUAGACCUCUGUUAUAGUACUUUACCUCGUAUGGGUAAAUUUUUAGAUAGAUAGGCUUAGUGGAGCUACCGUAGAUACCUCCCAAACAAGAAUAUUAAUUAUCUGAAACAUAGUUUAAAUUUCGCCAACUGAUAUGUAAGGAGACUACCCUACUGUGACCAUUGUAUUCAAACAAAUUUGUUGACUAACACGUCAAAAUAAAAAUGUUACAGUCUGAACAGAAGUUCCAUACAGGUACCAAUAGGGUACAUAAUUUACUGUAUUUUUACCUAAAGCCUGAGGUAUCUGAGACCAGUGCAUAUGAUAUACUAUCCUUGAUACACUACAGUUGUAACUACCAAGCACUGUUAUUUUUUCUCUUUGUUAUUAUUGCAAAAUGUGUGUUUUUCUCUACAAAUGUUAUUUGAUGGAUAUGUAUCAGUUUAAUGAUGACUAUUCAGUUGUUGUGACUAUAUCCUUGGUGUAUCUUUGCACAUAAAAAAUAAAGAAUUACGAAAAAGAAACUGCUUCAUUAAGCUAAAGUUGUUUUGGUGGCAAAACUGUUAGUGAACAAAGCAAUUCAACAACUGCCUUCAUUUCACCUGCUAACUUUAAAUGCAAGGAAUAAACCCCCUUUUUUUGGGUAUACUAUAAACCGUAACCUAACAUAAGACUGUUAGAAUAAGGCUACCAUCCUUAUAGUUUAAUAAGGGAGGUGUUGUAUAACAAAGGUUUGCUUUCCGUAACAUUAUAGUUAAGAUUUCAUAAGUCACAAUGGAGGCAAUGUAUUAAAACUCCACUGCUAAUACUUAACACAAAUCUCUCAAUCAUAUGUUCUGAUUUGCAUUUCAUAUAAUAUAUCAAGCCUUCAGAACAAGUUUUAUUCAAAUACACUGAUUACAUGCAGUUGUGUAAAUUCAUACAAUAACUUAAUGGAAAUUAUAGAACCAGGAAAACAAAGUUUUCAAGGCCUCCCCAUAACCCCUGGUGCAGAAGGGGUUAAUCACUUAUCUGAGCCCAGCUCCAAUGCCGCUCUUCCUCUGCCGAGACCUAAUGCACAUGGCCGCGCUAGCAUCAUAAACUCCCCAAUAAGAAAGCAUUGUAUAAUGCUUUCCUAUGGGGUUUUGAGUGACGCUGGAUGUACUCAUACAAAGUCGCUUAACGACAUGAAAGUCCCUCUACUGGCUGUCUGAUAGACAGCAACUAGAGAUGGAGUUAACCCACAAAUGUAAUGCAGGGUUAAGGGUCCUUGGAAUAUGCAACCAGACCACUUCAAUAAGCUUAAGUGGUCUGGGUGCCUAUAGUGAGACAAUUCCUACUAAUACAGUCUAAUAAAUUUGUCUGGUAAUUCCAUUCUACUCCUGCUGGGUUUUUCAUAAGUGUUUUUUUUUUUAAAGGUUAAGUAUAGUGUAUUUCUCAUAAUUUUCACUCACCCACUAGUCAUUGGCAAGUGGAAAUUUAACCUUGACAAGUGUGCCAUGGAUCUUCCAAGCUUGUAGUGGUGUAGGAGUUUUGAGUCCUGGUAUAAUAGGGCAUUACUCAAGUUUUCUUGAGGAUUUUUUAUUUUUCCAUAGUGUUACAACUCUUACCCAGGCACUGUUGAAUUCUGAGCCGAAUUGGUCAUGAUGCUGGCAAUUACGAGAUUAGGCUGCUAAAAGGUGGGCAUUGUGCUGAUGCUGCUAAGCCAGCAUUAAGUUACAUUUUUAAUGGCUAGCCAGUUUUCAACAGACCUGCUUCCCUGUUUCCCUCUUACAUCCCUUCACUUCUCUCCAACUGCACAACCAUAUAGUAUAACAGCGUAGGGGUGGAGGGAUUGUAUUCUUAAAAACAAAAACAAAAAAUAGUAGUCUGGAUCAGUGUGCCUUUACCUGCAUCUCUUUUAGUUUUCUAUUUUAAUCCAUUCUUGCACAUAGGUAUGGUCAUACCAGGGAAUUGAUUUUUAGCAGUCUAUCAGUAGUACACACUUUGUUCACCUAAAAUGUGUUUUCGGGUAAAUUCACUAGGACAUUGGGUAGAGAACCAAUUCUUUAUAUUACUCUGUUUCUUGCUACCUCAGAAAGGGGACCAUGAUUUCCAUGCACGGUUUGUCAGGCUAUAGAAAUGUAUUUUUAUAUUAAAAAAAUUAUGUAUUAACAGUGUUUUCAAUUGCAGUCUUGUUCUUCUGUUCUCAUAUUUUUUUUUAUUUUUUUUGCUGUCAGGUGUUUGAUGGACACACCAGUUACAUCAAUGAUGUGGUGUUUUGUUCUCAUGACGGCAAUACAUUUGCCAGUGUCAGUGAUGAUCACACGUGCAGGUAAGAUAUGUUCUCAGUUGCUAAGCUCUUCUAUUAAAAUGGGGUUAGUGUUAUGUUGCCCUAUUUGAAGCUAAAAAAAAAUUCCUGUUUUUGGGUGACAAAAAUUAAAUGUAUAUAUUUUAUUGUAGAAUAACUGCCCUUUUUAAUAUUUGUUUGUAUUGGGCAGGAAUGCACUUUUUCCGAGAAGCACUGUAUAUUAUGCCAUGUUGCGGGACUGGCAUUCAAGGUUUAUGGAAAAUGUGAGAGAAUAUGAUUUCACAGAAACCUUCAUGAGCUAAAUAAUUUUUUUCCCUUCUUGAAAGUAUCAUUAGUAGUUGUAUUACUAUAACUAGCUUUAGUAAAAGAAAAACAAAGACUGUUCAUUAAUGUGCAUGUGAAAGAGGGAACACAAAAAAUUAAUAUGUUGACUGAUAUGAAUGUGUUUCAACAUAGUUGCCUGGAUCUUUGGCAUCUGCUGUGUACAAGCUAAUGUGUUCUACAUGUGUAUGUCUUUCUUAUGACCACUGUGGUAAUUAGAGGUGUGUUUCUAUAUUCAAUGCAGGGAAAUAAAUAUUUUCUGUUACUAAGAAAACUACUCAUAAAAUAUAUUGUACUAACUGAAAUAUCUCGUAAAGACGAGUUGCCAGCACCAAUCCAAAUUAAAUGUCAGUCUUCCAAAGCAAAAUUGGUAAAUGUAGUGAUUAUUACUGUGUUCUUUUAUAAUGGUUUCAGUUGCACUUUGAAUGCUAUUCAAAAUUCGAUGCUUAGUGUACUACAGUUAACCAUCUCUUUUUUUCCCUUCCUUCUAUAGCAUGCAGGAUUAAUGAUGCUCUUUCCAUAACAUAGGAAACCUAAUGUCUACUAUUUUCAUAAGAGUUAGUGCUUUUGUGUAAGUUUUUAGAUGAGUGCAUGCAAGAACAAGUAUAAAUGAUUGGGGAACACCAUAGGGUCAGGAACACAAACAUGGAUUCCUGACCCUAUAGUGUUAAAAUCACCAUCUAGUCCUCCUGACCCUCUCAUGUCUCCCUAAAUAUAGUAAAAUCUUACUUGUAUUCAAGCCUGGAACUGAAGCUCUGCAUGCUGUUUGCCUCAGAACAGCAAGCUACCUGCUGACAUCAUCAGAAGAGGUGGCCUGAUCAAAUCACAAUGCUUCUCCAAAGGAUUGGCUGAGACUGACAAGGAGGCAGAUCAGGUCCAGAGCCAGCACAAGUCAAACACAGCCCUGGCCAAUCAGCAUCUCCUCAUAGAGAUACCCCUUGUACAACGCUACUGAAUCUGAUGGCGCUAUAUAAAUAAUAAAAUAAUAAUAAUAGAGAUUAAUUGAAUCAAUGAAUCUCUGAGGAAAGUUCAGUGUCUGCAUGCAGAGAGAGGAGAUACUGAAUGUUUGGAUGCAUUUUAGGCAGCCAUGACCCAGGAAGGAUCUCUAACAGCCAUCUGAGGAGUGGCCAGUGAAGUUAUCACUAGGCUGUAAUGUAAACACUGCAUUUUCUCUGAAAAGACCGUGCUUACAGCAAAAGGCCUGAAGGUAAUGAUUCUACUCACCAGAACAAAUCCAAUAAGCUGUAGUUGUUCUGGUGUCUGUAUUGUCCCUUUAGUAAGAGAAGAGCAAGUUUGUGAAAAUGUGCGGUUACACUUUCACUCAGUAAGGACACAUAAGACAGAGUUUGACAAAUUUACCUAGAAUACAUAUAAAAACAAAAAGCAGCUGUUGAAAAUUGUAAUUAACGCCUUCACUUCCAAAUAGCUUGUAGAAGAACCACACCACAAAUCAAUGUUUUGAAUAUCCUGGAAAGUAAUGUUUAAAUCAUUUCAAUAUGCAUAGAUUGUACAUUAUUUAAAGGGAUACUAUAGUCACCAGAACAGCUUAAUGUAGUUGUUCUGGGGGUGGGAAGGGGGCAAGCUACUUAAAUGGUGGGUUAAACACUAUAGGGUUAGGAAUACAUGUUUGUGUUCCUGACCCUAUAGUGUCCCUUUAACCCCUUAGGGACCAGGCUGUUUUUCAAUUUUCUUACUGUUAAGGACCUGGGCUCUUUUUACAUUUCUGCAGUGUUUGUUUUAGCUGUAAUUUUCCUCUUACUCAUUUACUCUACCCACACAUAUUAUAUACAGUUUUUCUCGCCAUUAAAUGGUCUUUCUAAGGAUGCUAUUAUUUUCAUCAUAUAAUUUACUAUAAAAAAAAUUAUAAAAUAAGAUGGGGGGAGGGCACUUUUUCAAUUUUUUUUUAUUUCUUACAUUUUUUAUUUUUGCAGUGCAUAGAAAUAAUACAAGCAGGCGUGAGGUGCCCCAAAAGCAGUCCUCAGGCUUUUCCUCGCUUAACAUGCAGGACAGAUGAAUAAUAAGCACAAUUUUAUAAUAUAAGCAGGCCUGGUCAGAAUGUCAGCAGUAGACAGUGUCAAAUAUGGAAGACAAUAAUAUAAACCAACAAUGCUAUGGAAUCUGCAGCAUACAUACUGACAUUUUGAUGAGACAGUGACAUGGAAACAUUGCAUAUUAGUAUUUCUAAACCAGGCUUAAACUUUCCGCUGUGUCACAAAGAGAUAGAAUUAAGUUACACGAAUAAGAAGGCAUGCAUGUGUAGGUUGAACUGAUUGGACUUGAAAUCUAUGUCAAGUGUACCUCCAUGGGCCCUGUGUGAGUAUGUGUAUCCGCACUUACUGGAGGCUCAGAUAGGGGUGAUGUAGAGUGCUGGUGUAUUUUACAGCUUAGGUGUUGUGGUGUGAGACUGGGUAGCGUUAAAUAUGUUUUGGUGAGAAACAGGCAAGAUAAACAUAUGUCUGAGCAGUAUAUCUGGUACUGGUGCUUAUGUGCUUGAGAUGAGAUAAAAUAAUGUCCAUUUACAUUGAUAUGUACAGCAUGUCAUGUUAUGUGGAAUCAGUGUUCAUGGGUGUCUGGGUAGCAUUCAUUUAUGAGCGUGGGGCGGAGGAUGACCGUCUGUUUGCUGAUUAGUCACCCCAUUCCUUCAGGAGGGAACCAUGCCUGCGGCAUCUGAGGUUCACAGAGGUUGGCAGUUGGCCAGGUGCGAACCGGUUGCGCCCUCCAGCUCCGGGCCGGUAGCUGGGCCGGCAUUCUGUAGCCACGGACCCGGGGAUUUCUGAAGACCGGGUGCUUCCCUGUCAGGACAGGUCUGGAGGCCUUGGUGAUGGUGUGGCGCCGCCGUCAACCGGCAGGUCUCCGCCUGCGUGGAUGAUGCGCCGGGGUUGUUCCCCUGAUGGCCCUCAGCCCAGAUGGGCAGUUGUGGAGAGUUGUGGACUGCUUUUCAGCGGCUGUGCCUGAGGGUAGCCUAGUCCCACUCCGGCCGAUGUUGCCUUGUCGACCCUCCGUGUUCCCGCUGUGCGUCGGGCCUCAAUCCGUGCCCAGAAGGCCUCGAACAGCUCAUUCAAGCGGGUGGUGAGGAGAUAGUUUGUGUUGGGGCUGUGUGUCGGAGGUCCGCAUCCGCCAUUUUUCUGGGCUGCCUGUAAGCAUGGUGCGUGGUUGGGGCUGAUGUCCAUGUUUCGGGCCCAUUGAGGCAUGCCACUCGAGACGAGUGGGGGGGCAGCCGGGUGCUGCGUGUGUUUGUGGGCCGGGAGAGCGGCCAUCUCUUCCUUGCCCUGCUUGGCGUAGGCCCCAGGCUUCAGCUCAGUCAUUCCGGCAGGUAUACUGGGCUUGUGAGGUAUCCCCCGGUUCACCAGAGUCUGCGGGGCAAGUUGUGGUGAGUGGGGGUUCAAUAUUAGUUGGUUUGCCCCGGGUUUCAGCCGGUAUUUAGGCCCAGGCCCAGGAGCUCAAGCUUGUGCGACUGUACAGCUUCACAGUCAGGCCACGCCCUCCACUUUUUCAAAUUUUGACCGCCAAAAUCUGUUACGGAUUUACAACUUCCAAAAAACACCCAUGCUAAAUAGUUUCUACAUUUUGUCCUGAGUUUAGAAAUGCCUAAUGUUAACAUGUUCUUAGCUUUUUUUUGAAAAGUUAUAGGGCUAUAAGCAUAAGUAGCACUUUGCUAUUUCCAAACCAUUUCCCCCUAAAAUUAACUUAAUUUACAUUGUAACACUGAUAUCUUUCAGGAAUCCCUGAAUAACCCUUCACAUGUAUAUAUUUUUUUAAAAGAAGACAACCUAAGGGGGGUAUUUUGACUCUUUUGAUGCAACCAUUUUACCAACAAUCUAUGCCAAAUGGAAAAAAAAAAUAAUUUUAAAAUUGGGUGAUUUUUAUUUUUUAUUAUUUUUUUUUGACACACAUAGCAAUUUAAGAAUACAUGUACGGAGAACUUUAAGGGUUACUACCAAAGAACACCCCAAUAUGUGUUCAGCAACAUCUCCUGAGUACAGUGACAUCCUCCAUGUAUAGGUGUGUCGGGUUAUAUGGUUGCUAAAAGACCUUAUUUGAAGGGUGCGCAUUCCAGUUUUCCAACUUGGUAUUUUCUUAGCUGGUCAUCAUGCACCCAUGUCCUAUUUGGGACUUUUUUUGAACCUGGCCAAUGUAAUUUACCCCCAUCAAACCAUAUAUUUUUUAAAAGUAGACACCCUAGGGUAUUUCAAAUUGUGGUUAUUUUCACACUUUCCAUGCAAUAAUUCUCCACCAGUCUUUGUCAAACUUUUGGGUAGUCGGUUUUUUUGUUAUUUUUCUCUCAUUGUACUGUAGGCAUGGAUUCUCAGUUCCUGUUAUGUGUUACUGACAAAGAAACCCCCAAUAUGUGUUCAGCAACAUCUCCCAAGUAAAACAGUGCCCCCAAUGUACAGGUUUUAUGGGUUUUUGCAAACUUACAGGGGUCAAAUGUAGUGCUUUCCCCUUUUCCAUGUUUGCACAUUGAAAUUUGCUAGAUUGGUUUGCUGGGCCUAUGUUGCCUUUGAGAACGUAUAGCAGCCCAGGAAUGAAAAUUCACCCCAUCAUGGCAUACCAUUUGGAAAAGUAGACAACCCACGGUAUUCAAAAUGGGGUAUGUCCAGUCUUUUGUAGUAGCCACUUAACAUAAACGCUUGCCAAAGUUAGCGUUCAUUUUUUAUUUAUUUUUUGCAUUUUUUUUAAACAAAAAAAAAACUGCAUUCUUGCUGGUGAUUUCAUCGUCGUGAUAAGUUUUACUGUUGUAAACACUCUUAUUUGUGUUCUGCAAAGUCUCCUGAGUAUAACAAUACCCCCAUAUACAGGUUUUAUGGUGUUUUGGAAGGUUACAGGGUCAAUAUAGGGCUUGCCCAAUUCAGUUUGCUGCGUCUAUGUUGCCUUUAGAGACUAUAUGGUAGCCCAGGAAUGUGAAAUAACCCCAUCAUGGCAUACCAUUUGUACAUAACCCAGGGUAUUCCAAAUGGGGGAUUUCCAGUCUUUUGUAGUAGUCGCAAACGCUAGCCAAAUUUAUCAUUUUAAUUUAUUUUUUUUUGUGUGUGUGUGUGUGUGUGUGUGUAUAUAUAUAUAUAUAAAGUAAUUCAGGCACUCACCCCUGGAGUAUUCCCAAUGUAACUGCCUUUGGUGCUUCCGACGUCCAAAAUGUAGAUAAAUCGAUAAAAUGGAGCACUCAAAAGGACUUCAACACGGUGUAUUUAUUGUGACGAAAAGUUUACAACAUAGUGCAAAUAAUCCUGAUCGACGUUUCGACCCCUAAGGGUCUUUUUCAAGAUCAACUAACUCGUGAAACAAGCAAAGUUUAAAUACAUAAAGAGAAUAUUGACUCACCAAUCUCGUGUGUGCGGCAGCUCAUUCAAACCCGGAAGUGUCACAAAGACCCACGUGGUUUCCCCGGCAUGCGUCUGGACGUGCAACGUGGUUGCUAGGUGAUGAAGUGUAUACAAUGUGAUAAACGUAGCUUCGGAAACCAAUGUGAUCGCAGUGUCUAUACGUUAUCAAAAUGUGGAAUUAAAUAACCAAGUGUCCAGUGGUCUAUAAGGUGACCACGGGGUGGAUUAAAAAUACUAAAUUAAAAUCAAAUGGAAGAUCUCUGGGUGUAUAAAUAGCGAUGUGAGACUCUGACGCAAUUGUGAGAAUGACACUGUUUAUAGAGUGCCGUGCAUAAAAAAAGAAGAAACCCAUCGCUAAAUUUAUUGAUUAUCUUAUUAAAACUUCUGUUAUGGAUCUUCCUACAUGUUUACAUGACACAAAUGACUUCUUGGACAGUAUUAAGGGACUAACAUCGGUUGAAGAACAAUUUCUAUUGGUUACAUUGGACGUGAAGAAUUUAUAUACCAUUAUACCACAUAUGGACGGUAUACAAUCAUUACGCCAAAUUCUCAGUAGUUCAUCUAAAUACUGUGGGCCACCUAUUGAGUUCCUUAUGGAUCUUUUACAGGUAGCCCUCACGUGCAAUUAUUUUAAGUUUGAAGAUCUUUUUUUAUCUUCAACUGAUGGGCACCUCUAUGGGUGCAGCUAUGGCUCCCUCAUAUGCCAACGCUUAUAUGUUUGUGUUUGAGACCCAAUAUAUCUUGGAGAAUCAUCGAGAAAAUAUACUUACAUACCAUCGUUUUGUGGAUGAUAUCUUUUUGAUUUGGACGGGAACCAGCAAUAGUCUGGAACAAAUGAUCAAUGAUUUGAACUCAUCUUCACUUCCAGUAAAAUUGACACUUACCUUUGACACUAAUGUAAUCCAAUUUUUGGAUGUUUCUAUUUAUAAAGAUAAAGGCAAGCUGGGGUAUACUCUCCAUCGGAAAGACACCGCAAGGAACACUUUACUUCAGUUUAGUAGCUGUCAUCCACAGAAGCCGAAAGAAUCGCUCCCUUUAUCUCAGUACAUGCGUGUACUGAGAUAUAACAGUGACCUGGUGAAUCAAGAGAAACAACUCCAGGAGAUGACGGAUAGAUUCCUCGUGAGGGGAUAUAAUUCGGAUGUGUUGCUUAAAGCUAAGGAAAAAUCUCUGGAACUUAUGACACGAGACUCCAAAGAUCCACUACAAAAAACUUUAAAACCGACUAGAAUGUAUCUACCUCUCACAUUCCACACAGGCACCUCACAAAUACAACGAGCUAUGAACAAAUACUGGGGCAUUUUGAGCUCAGAUAAAAAUUUACCAACUAUUUUUAAUCAAAAAACAACAAUUAGUCUCAAACGGAACAGAAAUUUAAGGGAUUUACUUGUUCAAAGUGAUCCUACUAUAUGUUACCAGAAAGCCUUAGGACACCGUAAGAAAGGGUGCUACAGAUGUAGUGGCUGUGUGACCUGCAGCCAUAUGAACACAGGUACCUCUUUUGCCCAUCCACACAGUGGCAUCAGGAUCCCCAUUUCUCAUUAUAUUACAUGUACGACAGAUCAUGUAGUAUAUUUAAUCGCUUGUCCCUGUGGCCUUUCAUAUGUGGGGAAAACAGAUCUGACUCUGCGGGAUCAGAUUCGAGGUCAUAGAUCCACUAUUACAACUGCAUUCAGAAAUCAGAUAAACCGGUCGCGAAACACUUUCUUCAAGCGACACACACACUCCCUACAUUGAGAUUUACAGCUAUUGACCAUGUUCCUCCCAGUCCUAGAGGAGGUGAUAGAUCUAAAUUGUUACUUCAACGAGAAACAUACUGGAUACAUUGUUUGGAUACAGUCACUCCUAAAGGACUGAAUGAAUACAUAUCAUUCUCUAUGUUCCUUUAAACAGUAUACAUUUCACUCUAGUAUGGUUUAAUGUACCAUUUUAAGUCUUUGUAUUCACACUAUGAGAUGUUGGUUUCUAGUUAGUGUCAAGCCUUCAUUGACUUAAGUAUAUGGUUGAUUAACCCCAAUUAUUUAAUAAUUCUGAUGUAAUAAUCUGCACUAUAUGUCAUAGACUGAUGAUGUGAGAUCUGUAUCGUUCACUGUUUGCACAUAUUUUUAAUCACGGUUCACGAUAUUUUUAUUCCAUUCACUUUUUAUGCACGGCACUCUAUAAACAGUGUCAUUCUGACACUUCGGCUCAGAGUCUCAUCGCUAUUUAUAUACCCAGAGAUCUUCCAUUUGAUUUUAAUUUAGUAUUUUUAAUCCACCCCGUGGUCACCUUAUAGACCACUGGACACUUAGUUAUUUAAUUCCACAUUUUGAUAACGUAUAGACACUGCGAUCACAUUGGUUUCCAAAGCUACGUUUAUCACAUUGUAUACACUCCAUCACCUAGCAACCACGUUGCACGUCCAGACGCAUGCCGGGGAAACCACGUACAUGCCAUAAACUACCAAACCACAUUUUCUCUCACAAUAUAUACAUUAUUAAGAACUAAGGGAAUGCAGACUUUUGAACAGGUGUCAGUUCAUUUUUUUUCUUUGUCAUGUUUUGUUUUAUGAUUGUGCCAUUCUGUUAUAACCUAGAGUUGAAUAUGAAUCUCAUAGGAAAUAAAAGAAAUGUAUUUUCUUUAAGAAUGGUACAUUUAUUACCAAUUCACCCAAGUGUAUGCAAACUUUUGUGCACAACUGUAUACAUGAUCUGCUCCCAGCUGAAAAUGCAGGUUUGAUGUAACAACUACAGCUUGAGUAGAGUCUCCUAGAAUUGCCUCUUAGUUUAAAUGAAUACUGCAACCACUUCAGCGCAUUGAAGUGGUUAUGGUGCAUGAAGUCCAGUCAGUGGUGGGUCAUGCAUCUCACCAUUUAGUAGAGAUUCUCUAUCCGUGGCAGCCCGAAGUCUGGCCUCUAGUGAAAAUAUGGUGAAGUUGGAGGUAUGCCGUACCAGGUGUAGCGGUCAAUGAUUGAUUGAGAGACAUGGGAGACAAGCUAAAGGCUGUUAAAGCAUUAUUGUAGCUGUACAACCCUAGUUGUGGUGGAACUACAUCUUUUCCCAUGCAUGUCUACAAUCUGCUAAAUGCAAUGCAUGACUUGAUACUUUAAUUUGAAAGAAAAAAAAUGAGAACCUGCACGAACUUCAAAUUUUCCAGUUUUGCUUUAGUCUGAAACCAUUUUGUAAAAAUAAGAUUUCAAUACCACUGCAGUCCAUUAUGAAGUAUCAAUUUCUCACAUUUAGUUAGAAACUUUGGUUACAGAUGCUUGCUUGAUCUCUUGUGCUUCUCUGCAAAACCUAUAAGGAAACAUAAAACUGCUUUGUAAUAUACGUAAUUAAAUAAACUGUUACGACUUAAUGUUAUAAUCUCACAGUUCCCUUUUUGAGAACCAGUAUAAUCCAUAUUAAAGUAAUGGCUAAAUUUGUCAGAGGUUGCUACUCAUCCAGCCUGUUUGGUGAUUGUUUCAAUGUUGAGAAAGUAUUAUGACAUUGGACAAGAACCAAUAAAUAUUGCCAAAUACAUAAAAAGCGGAAUACUUUGUAAAAGAACAUUAAGACCAUUUCCAAAAGGUCAGCUUGCUCUUGUUAUUCUUAACUUUAGAUCACUUCUCUUGUUAUACGAGGCCCUUAACAGUGUCUACAGCUUGUAUACGUAGCUUAAGGAAAAACAGUCAAGCAGUCACAUUUACUGUCUCUUCCUUGACAAGUAUUUAAUAGCGUUUGGUGAAGUACAGCUUAAUUCUGUAGUUUUGUCUGGCAUUUAGUCAUAUGUCGAUUUACAAGAAUUGUACUUUAUUGACUUGAGCUGCAUCAAGACACAGGACCAGGCUUCAGCUUGUCAGUCUCCAUAUUAACAAAGUUUUAAAAAUGUAUUUAAAAAUCUACAAUGUGAUAGUUAUAGGCUCUGCCAUCCAGUUACAUUCGGAGAUUCCUAGCAUCUUUUCCCAGUUUCCAUGCCUAUAUGCGUGCCAUUUUUAGGUAGAUUUUCUUAUAUUUGUAAAAAGUCAUAAGGGUGGUGGAAUGGCGGUAUUGGAUUUGAUAUGGGAGGUGGACUAGUUCUAGGAUGCCAAGGGUAGUGAGAGCAAUACUGUAAAGGAGCACAAGGAAGGAUGGUGAGAUGAGGUAUUUUUAGGUAAGGAAGCAGAGAAGAUACUUGCAGACGUAUUUAGACAUAUCACGCAGUUGAUGAAAUGGUGUAGAUGGAUUUGCGUACGCAAGAAUUUAUAUUGAAAAUGUUAUGUUGUUGAUUAGACACCUAAUGCAGGCUGAGCAUAUGCACAGUAGUAUUUAAAGGGAUACUAUAGUCACCAAAACAACUACAGCUUAAUGUAGUUCUUGUCAGGAUAGCAUAUCCCUGCUUUACAUUACAGUGUCUCCACCGUCUGCAUGAAGACACAGAACUUUCCUCAUAGAGAUGCACUGAUUCAGUGCAUCUUUGCGGAGCAGCUGAUUGGCCAGGGUGGUGUUUGGCUCUGCCCCUUGGCUUGCCUCUUUGGUUGAGAUCAUCAGAAUUUACUAUCUUUAGUAAUAUUUCUAAAACCCAGAGAUUGCAUAUAUUUCCCAUAACACUUAUUUUACUAUUUCUCAAGUAAAUUCUCACUCCAUGACCUAGUAAGAGCCAGCAGCCAGUAACCGUGGAUGAUAAAUCUCAUCACUCAGCUAGCUCAGAACAUACAUGUCCCUGUGCUGCACGGGUUGCAGAUUGAGAGCCACAAUACACAGAAUAUACAGCAUUGUUUUCUCAUAUUGUAUGUAAUGGCACACAGUUUAUUACUGGAUCAAAAAUCUGUUUUUGAGUUAAAAUAUAUGUAAUAAAUACACAGAAAUCCUUAAAUGUACUUAUUACUAUGAAUGCAUUAGAUGACAAAAAUAAUGGUAUAGAUAUUACCUUUGCACAUUAGAGCAGAAAAGCUGAAACAUCAUAAAAACUUUGAAUUAUCCAGCCUACUUAAUUGAAUAUGUCUAAAGGGCUUUUUGUUUGUUGUGUUUUCCUUUGUCUUGAUGUAACCAACCCACAUUACUUUUUUACACCCUGCAAAAGAAAAUGUUAUUGAUCUUUUUAUUCACAUCCACCUCCACAGACUUUGUGAAAAGCUUUUUGGUUCCUUGGGUUAACUUACUCAAACAGUGCUGGAACCAAUAGUGUAUUGUAGAGUCCAUUAUGUCUACAAUUAGUCAAUGUACAUGCCCACUUAAUCUCAGAGGAGGGCCACCAAGAUCAUCGUCAGUCUCUGCCCAAAUUUUUCUUUUUAACAAACUUGUUGGAUACUUUUGUUGAGACAUUCACAAUGCCUGCAGGAAUGGAUUUAGGAUGUACCUAUUUCAUAGGAGACCCAUACUUUUAAAGAGCAGUUGUAAUGGGGAAAGGAGAAGUAAAUCUUUUGUUCUGCGUUUAAUUGCCUCCUUUUAUUUAUUUAUUUAUUUAUAUAUAUAAUUUUUUUAUGACACCGACAUCUUGUGGGUCACUUAUAGAUAUAUAUAUAUGUGUGGGUUUUUUUUUUAUUUAUUUGUUUGAUGCAUCACUAUAAAUAUUUGUGUUGCAUCUUCUCAAUACAUAUAUGUAUUUUAUAUUUUUUUAAGAAUGUGGAAUAUAGGAAAAGGUCAGACUGCUAUGUUUAUGUUACGAUCCCCAGGAAUGAGUGUGGCAUGGCACCCAGAAGAAUCUUCGAAGGUAAGUGCUUUUAUAGUACCUUUUUUUUCAGAACUUCAGCAUGUUCCCUUUUAAAGAGUUCUGUGUACUUUCGAAUGACAAAGUAAUUAUUUUUAAACUCCGAUAUGAAUUCCUUUCCAAUAUACAAGGCAUAACAUUUUUUAAACACCGUUGUUGUUUUUUUCCAUCUGGGAGCAAGAUUUCCAACUUCAGUUAAUGUUUUUGAAAACUAGCUGAUAGAUUUUCUGUUUUUUCACCUGUUUUUUAGUUUGAGCAGGUUAUCUACUCACAAGGUAAUAUCAUGCUCAUUCAAGUAGUAACAUGCCAAUUCAUGUCAAAUUUGUUUUUAUUUAAACUUUUAAACUUUAAAAUUACAUUGAGGAAAAAUGCUUCCAUACAAGUCAGCAGCAUAUUUGGUAUCUGGUAGUUUAGGAUUAAUGACCCACCCAAAGGAAUAUCAAUGUUUUAAUUAUACAGAAUCAGCUGAUGAUUUACUCACUAAUUCUCUUUCAAGUCACCUGAAGCUUUCUGCCGUUUUUGACACAGUCAAUAACGUUGUCCGUUACAGCACCAUUCUUUCAUGAUUCUCCUCUUGCCUUCCACCAACACUCACUUAGCAUCUUCUUUUCUGGCACCACUUUCGCCAAACUAACGGUCUCAUUUGGUGUCCCUCCAAGACCGUUUUUUGUUUCCUCUUUAUACUGCCUUUCUUGGAAACCUCAUUAGCUCCUUUGGAUUUCAGAAUCAUCUAUACUCUGAUUUUAUCUAUCCUGGAACACAUCCCCGAUUGUCUCUCUUCAGUCUCUAAUUAAAUGACCCAUUUUCUACAGCUCAAUCUUUUCAAUACUCCUCUUUCCUUCUUUAAACACUCCACCUCCUUUUGCCUAGCUCCUUACAAGUCACUCAUUACCCUACCUCACCUGUAUACGCAUUGAAUAUAUUGACCUAUAUCUAAUGCAAGAUGCUAGUAAGGCACUUGUUUAUGAAGUUAUUAUUUCAUAACUUAAUAUUGAAAGCUACUUCUUAUCAGUCCUCCCAAUACCUGCAUUGUCUCACUGCAAUAGCUUAUGAAUGCUGCAACUAGACUUAUUUCUCACUCACCACUUCUUUCACCCCUCAUUUCUUUUCCAGUCCUUCUAUUGGCUUACUAUACCAUUCAUGAUCCAAUUACAAACACUGACAUCUUAUUGCAUUUCCUUUUUGAUUCUCAAAGUUUGCUUGUUAAACUCUGUCAGUGAUCUUUUCCUCUGCUCAUUGUCACAUUGCCACGUCUCAUUUACAUGAUUUCUUAGGGACUGCAUGAUUCCUAUGGAAUGCCCUACCAUAAUCCAGGGCUUGACAAAUUUGCUUUCAAUCUAGGAGACCGCUUAAAAAAAAUGUUAGGAGCCAGCUUUUUUAUUCCAACGACAAAAAUACAAUUUUUAAAGGAACACUAUAGUCACCAGAACUACUACAGCUUAAUGUAGUGGUUCUGAUGUCAAUAGCCUAUCCUGCAGGCUUUUCAAUGUAAACUCUACACAUUACUGCAUAGUAACCCCUCUAGUGGCAGUCUCUUAGGUGUCUCCUAGUUCAUUCAGCGUCUCCACACUCUGCAUGGAGGCAUUGAAAGUUUCCCACAGAGAUGCAUUGAUAUAAUGCAUCCCUAUGAGGAGAUGCUUGAUUGGAAAUUGAUUAUCUCCGCUAUGGGCCAGCUGAGACGAGACCGGCAAUGUGUCGGAAAAAAGGUGAGUAAAAACAUUCCCAUGGGAUCAGAGGGGGCUGGUAACCUAAGCAUACUCAUUCACUGAUAGAAACACACAUUCUCUCACACACAAAGUAUUUAUCAUUAUUUGAUAGACACACAAGCAAAUACACACAUAAAUGAAAAACAAACAUAUUAUUAGCCACCUUCCUGUUUCCUACCUUUUGGGCUCAGGAGGGUGACUUUCCUGGGGUCCAGUGGGACUGGGUUGCAGGUGACAUUGGAUCAGUGGGGCUGAUGGGAGCUGGCUGCCUCUGGAGCAGAUUCCCCAUCCUCCUGUCUCUGCAGCUCUCAUGUGCGCCAGGAGGAAGUGAAGGGAACUGUAAUGACUUCCGGUGAUGAGGCUGUGCAGGGGAGCGGACUGGGACAGACAAUCUCUGAGUAAUGGGGGCAGGCUGGAGGCUAGCUUGGUGGAAGGGGUGCGGACAGCAAGCAGAGCAGACUUUAGUUUAUCUCCUGCCAGCUUGUCAUUCACCUGUGCAGUCUCAACGAUGGGAGUAAAGAAAGAGAGAUCCCUUCACUUCCUCCUGUUACACCGGCGCACACAGAGCUGCACGGGCAUUGAGGAGGGAACAGUUUGACCAAUCUCAGGCACCAGGACAACAUUCUUAGGCCCCUGGGAUUUGUGGAGCCCUACCAUAUUCAUAUAAAAAACAUGUUAAUAUCUCUGCCCAAUACAUCCUUUAUCUCAAUUCCUCCCAAAUUGUAAGCUCAUUUGAAUAGUAGCUCUUCGACUAUUGAAUCUGUCAACAUCUGUGUCUAUCAGUUACUUGUUGUUAUAUAACCCUCCUAAAAUGUUGCCACUAUAAACAUGCCAGUAGUAAUGAGGGAGCUGGUCUCCCCAGUUAAUGCACAUAGAAAAUGCGUUAAAAAUGUCAAUAGCAAGCUGACUCAUCCCUGAUCGUGAAGAGGCUCAUCAGUCAGGAUAUUUUUAUUCUGUUUGGUGUUUGAUCCAGAGGUUUGAGAUAAGUAGACAACAUGCACACAAUGUAAACAUACGUUAUACAAAAUGUAUAUAAGUAAACAGGAAUUGAGAAUUAUGGUUUCCUGACUGACAGCUCAGGUGGGAGCUGUGUUUUAUUUAUCUAUCUUCCCUUUCCGGAGCAUUCCUUACAUGGUUCUCUAGCUGCAUACAUGCCUUUCUGACAUUAGCAGGGCCAGCACUGUGAGGUCAAGAUAAUUUUUGUAUUGUAUGCCCACGCUGUGCCUUAAAAAUCUGACAUGAUGCAAAAUGAAAAUGUAAAAAAAAACAAAAAACUCUUACCUAGCAUUAAGAAGAUCUUUCGCUGCAGCUCUGCGCUCAUUAGUGAUGAAUUCCCAGCUAAUUCAAUGUUCCUUGUAGAAAAGCAUUGGUAGGCAGGGCAUAUGCAUGGCAUUAGCAAGCACUCUAGGCAAAAGAGGAAGGGAACCAAACCGCCUUGCAGUACCAAUAUAACUGUUAAUUUUGUCUUGCAAUUGACACUGAUAUAAAAUAAGGCUGCAAUUAUACUUUGUAACUCCUUAUAUGGACACAUUUCAUAAACAUAAGAUCCCAAAAUAAUGUGUACAACAUAACAAAGUUUUGUUUUCCCCCCUUCCAGUUGAUGGUAGCCGAAAAAACAGGAACUAUACGUUUCUAUGAUUUGCUUACCCAUCAGGCCAUUCUGUCGCUUGAAUCUGUGCAAGUUCCUCUUAUGUCAGCUGACUGGUGUUUAAAAAACCCUUUCAGGGUAGGAGCAGUGGCAGGAAAUGACUGGAUCAUUUGGGAGAUGCCGCGUUCCAGGUACUUUAAUAUUCAGAUUCUUACUUGAGUUCUAAAAUUAUAUCUAUUUAUUAAUAUAUUUAUAGUAUGCUCUUCAAACUGAAGCGGUUUUGGGUUCACCAUGUUUGACUUUAUUUUAUUUUAUUGCAGCUAUCCUCAAAACAAUAAGCCUGUCCAUGCUGAUAGAGCAAGAUUAUUCAGGUAUACCAUUAUUAAAGUGUUUGUGUACAUCGCAAAAAAACAGAAAAAAAAACAUUAGAUUUACAUGAGUUGAUUUUUGUAUGUAAAAUGUAUUCACUGUCUAUUUAAUUUCUAUGUUUGAAAUAAAACUGUGUGUCAGCUUGGCAAACAGGUGAGAUUUGAAUAGCAGCUGGUUUAUAUAGUUUGUAUGCUUCGAUAUGAUGUAUUUGAGCAAAAACUUAUGUGAUUAGAAACCCUUGAAUGGUAAUUGCCAAUGAGGCUAGUAGCUGGGAAUUUUGAGAUACAGAAAAUAUCACUUCAUGGCAGUUCAUAUUAUAAAAAUGAAAAGAAUGAGCUCACUCCUUAUGUCAGAAGGUCACAAAGAUGAGAACUUAUCUAAGAGUGGUAUUGUUUCCUCUUCUCUUCCUCUUUCAGAAUUUGUUCUUCUUCUUUUCUUAAUUUCUGAUCUAUUUCCUUUUUAAAACAUAAGGGAAAAUAUUGACAACUUUGUUUUAUGUAUUUUUCCUACUCUUGAUAUAGGGUGGAGUGUAAUGAAAGCUCCACUUCCCUUCUCAAUGAACAAAGGUAGUAGAGCUUGCCUUAAGCUCUGGCCUUUGUCAAGUGUAGGAGAAAUACAUGAGAUAGCAUACUUCCUAAAAAGUAGAUCAUACACUUUACCAAAUCUGUGUACAAUUUGUGCCUGUAUACACAUAUAUAUAACAAGCCAUACGCUCAUAAACAUGCAUAACUAGCCACACAAAUAUAUAUAAUCCAAGACAGAUGUGUGUGUAUAUGUGUGUGUAUAUAUAUAUAUAUAUAUAUAUAUAUAUAUAUACAUAACCAUCAGCACUCACAGAGAUAGAUACAUAUUCAGCCACACUCGCAUACGUGCGUACCUAACUAGUGUGCAGCCUUAGAGCUGUACACUCUGAUGCACAGACUCGUUCCUGCUCUGUCAUGAUUUAUGUUUAAGAGACGGGAUCACCAGGAGGUAAUUUUAAAUCUGCCAUUCACAGCCUUCAGCAAUGCGUUUAUCUGAAAGAUGCUACAUCCAUGGUUACAUUAUUGUAAAUAUGUGUGCAGCUCUGCCCUGCUGAAGUGCAUUAAAGGGAUACUGCAGUGCCGGGAAAACAAAACUGUAUUUCUGGCACUACCGAUCUCUCUGCCUUCCUCGUGCCCCCUACUACCUGGUAAAUAAAGGAUUAAAACCUCUUUAGUUCCUUACCUGAUCCCAGUGCUGAUGUCCCUAGGUGCUGGGUCGAAGCUCUGCCCCCUCCUCUGUCCCGCGACGAGUGGGUCUAAUGCACAAAUGCCGCUCGUGCAUUAGACCUCCCCAUAGGAAAGCACUGAAUCAAUGCUUUCCUAUGGAGGAAAAUCUGACGCUGGAGGUCCUCAUGCAAGCGUGAGGACGUCCAGCAUCAGAUAACAGACCAAAAGUCUGUUACGAUUCCGGAAGUCCUCUAGUGGUUGUCUGGUAGACAGCCACUGAAGGCAGAUUUAGAGCUGCAAUGUAAACAUUGCAGUUCUCUGGAACUGCAAUGUUUUGCAUUGCUGCACUAAAUGUAAAAGGGGCACAGCACCCAGACCACUUCAAUUAGCUGAAGUGGUCUGGGUGCCUAUAGUGUACCUUAAACUGCUUUUUGCCAGUGUCUAACUGAAAAGCUGGAAAAGGACCAUGGAGCUUGUGGGGGUGCAUGCAAGCAAUAAAUAAAUGAACUCAUAAUGUACUCUCCCUAGAUACUUUGCCCACUUGGGACCCAAUCUGCCCAAUCCAACAAACAGUUCCUUGCACCAUAUGUACUGUUUGACGAUGGAUAUAUAAAUAAGAUUUCAAUUUAUAAAGGGAUUCCUUUCCUGUGAACAUGAUUGAGUGAGUGCUCAACUGUUUUCACAGUGCUUGUAGUUGAUGGGGUGUGGCAAAUAGUGGGUGCUUUUGCCACCCCAAGGCCCAGACCUACUCAGCUUGUGGGCAAGUAUAUCUCUGAUUAUUAUUCACGUAGGUGUAUACAUAUUUAAUGACUUUUUUUCCUAUAAUUUGUUUUCAGGUGGUCAAGGUGUAGUGAAAAUCUAUUUGCAACCACAGGCUAUCCAGGAAAGAAAAACACUCAGCUUCUUAUUCAUCAUUUAAAACAUCCACAGGUAAUGUUGUUUAAUAAUGUUUGAACCUUAUGUUAAUAUGUGAUGCAGCUCUUGGUUGAACCUUAUGUUAAUAUGCGAUCCAGCUCUUUGACUGGAUAUGGAGAAGGGUGUAUUUUAACACUGAUCAUUCUCUAAAUAAAUUACAUCAUAAUGGUCUGCAAUGUAAGUUAAAUUAACAUUUUAGGAAAAAGAACUUUAGCUUAAUGAAAUGGUUCUGGUGUAUGUAUCAUGCCCUUGCAGUCUCACUGCUCAAUUGUCUCCAGUUUUCAGAGUUAAAUCAAUUUGUUUAUAUAGCCCUAGCAACACUUUACUUUGUUGUGACAUAUACAGCCUACCAACUGUGACAGGUACCUUGUGCCCGGACUGAGCACACCCGUCCCAACAGCUUCUUCCCGCCAGCCAAACCACAGAUCUUCACGAAGACUUGGUCAGCUAGAACCUCCCUCAAGAACAGUAGACACACACAGGUUGAGGGUAGAACAGGAACUAACUUUAUUAGACACACUCAGGUAUUUGUAUAGAAGUAAACUCAUUAGUAAAUACACAAAGGUUUGGAACAGCAACCAAUCAAACUGGGCCUAAACAAACAGCCAAUCACACUAAACCUAUUAAGAACCAAUAGGACACAGCAUCACAGAACACCUACUUUGCAUACACAGGAAAACAUUAUGCAUUAUGUAAAGGGAUUAACACACAGUCAACAAUAGGUGACUCAGCUCCCUGUGUCACAAAGGGGAAAGUCCCAACCCCCACCCACAUGGUCACACAGUCUCUGGUUCGGCACCAUCUUGUUUCUCCAUGUCGUGGAUAGGUCUAAGUCUGUGCAGUCUAAAUGGCCGCUCCCCACCAGAGCCCACCCAAACAAAGGAGCCCUUGAUGCCCAAGUGACGGCGUACCAGCUUUCUGUCACACCUACAUGCUUCCUUUUUUAUUUUUAUUUUUUUAAUUGCACAUUGUGUAUAACUAAUAAUUUAUAGCCUACUGAACUUUCUGUGUAUGAUUAAAGCUCAAUUAACAAAGCAAGCGAUAAGAGCUUAUAAAGCAAACACUUCGGGUAUGGCACAGUAGACAAUGUCAUACAUCUCAAGGUGAAUUGUAAUUGGUACCUCUUAAUUAUCUACUGAUAUGUAUUCCAUUGCAGACAAACACUGUGCUAUAAGAUCUGAUAUAACAUUAAAGAGACACUAUAGUCACCAAAACAACUUUAGCUUAAAGAAGCAGUUUUGGUGUACAAAACAUGUCCCUGCAGUCUCAUUGUUCAUUUCUCUGCCAUUUAGGAGUUAAAUCACUUUGUUUAUGAACCCUAGUCACACCUACCUGCAUGUGACUUGCGCAACCUUCCUAAACACUUCCUGUAAAGAGUCAUCUAAAGUUUAUUCUUCCUUUAUUGCAAAUUCUGUUUAAUUUAGAGUUUCUUAUCCUCUGGUAUGUUAAUAGUGUGUUAGACCCUGCAAGAGCCUUCUGUAUGUGAUUAAAGUUCAAUUUACAGAGAAAGAGAUACAAUUGUUUACGGUAAAUUACAUCUGAUUGAAAGUGAAAUCCAUUUUCUUCAUGCAGGCUGUGUCAAUCAGAGCCAGGGGAGGUUUGACAAGGGCUGCAUAACCAAAAACAACGUGAUUUAACUUCUAAAUGGCAGUGAAACCUACAGAGCAUGAUCUAUACACUAAAACUGCUUCAUUAAGCUAAAGUUGUUUAGGGGACUAUAGUGUUCCUUUAAAUCAUUUUUUUCAUGUUAGCUGUGUGAGUCACAGCCAGGGGAGGUGGGGCUGGUGCUGCAUAACAAAAACAAAAGUGAUUAACCCCUUAAGGACAGAGCCAAAUGUACACGUUGUGAACAAAACAAAAUGUAAACAAAACCUGGCAUUUGCGCUACAUGUCUGUCCAACCGUAAUUCACCUAUUUCAUAGUAAAUGCACCCACCCUUAUUAUAUAUCAUUUUAUUCAGGGGAAACAGGGCUUUCAUUUAAUAUCAAAUAUUUAGCUGUGAAACAUAAUUUAAUAUGAAAAAAAUGGGAGAAAAUAAGAAUUUUCUUUAUUUAUUUUUUUUAGUUCUACAUGACAUUUUAACUGUCAAUGUCAUAAUACUGUUUGCUUUUACUGCAAUAAAAUACACAUAUUUGUAUUCAGCAAAGUCUCACGUGUAAAACUGUACCCCCGAUGUACAGGUUUUAUGGAGUUUUGGGAAGUUACAGGGUCAAAUAUAGCACGUUACAUUUGAAAUUGAAAUUCGCCAGAUAGGUUAUGUUGCGUUUGAGACUGUAUAGUAGCCCAGGAAUGAAAUUUACACCCAUAAUGGCAUACCAUUUGCAAUAGUAGACAACCCAAGGUAUUGCAAAUGGGGUAUGUCCAGUCUUUUUUAGUAGCCAUUUGGUCACAAACACUGGCCAAAGUUAGCACUAGUAUUUGUUUGUGUGUGAAAAAUGCAAAAAACGCCAAUUUUGGCCAGUGUUUGUGACUAAGUGGCUACUAAAAAAGACUGGGACAUACCCCGUUUGCAAUACCCUGGGUUGUCUUCUUUUGCAAAUGGUAUGCCAUCAUGGGGGUAAUUUUCAUUCUUGGGCUACCAUAGGGGCCUCAAAGGCAACCUAACCAAUCUGGUGAAUUUUAAUGUGAAAAAAAUGAAACACAAGCCUUAUAUUUGACGCUGUAACUUUUGAAAACACCAUAAAACCUGUACAUGAGGGGUACUGUUGUACUCUGGAGACGUCGCUGAACACAAAUAUUUGUGUUUCAAAACAGUAAAAAGUAUCACAGCAAUAAUAUCGUCUGUGUACGUGCUGUUUGUGCGUGAAAAAUGCAAAAAAAGUCACUUUUACUGGCGAUAUCAUCGUUGUAAUACAUUUUACUGUUUUGAAAAACUAAUAUUUGUGUUCAGCAAAGUCUCCCGAGUAGAACAGUACCCAUAUGUACAGGUUUUAUGGUGUCUUGGAAAGUUAUAGGGUUAAAUAUAGUGCUAGCAAAUUAAAUUCCCUUUACUUUCGGCAUGGGUUGUCAGGCAGGUCCCGCUAAUUGUAAUUAAUUUAGAUACCUAAUUAUGUAAAAAUAUUACAUAAAUAUAUUUUUAUUUAUGUAUAGGUGUGUGUAUAUAUAUAGUGAUAUAUAUGUAUAUAGAUAUAUAUAUUAUUUCGUUCUACGUGUAUUUUGAUAUAAAUAUAUAUUAAUAUCACAAUACAGUUAGAACAAAAUAACAUACAUCUAUAUAUUUUUUAAUUAUUUAUUUGUAAUUUUUUUUAACGUAUUUACAUUGUUUUUUAUAUUAUAUAUAAAUAUAUAUAAAAAUAAUUUUAUAUAUAUAUAUAUAUAUAUUUAAUCAGUAUCAGUCUACAUGUAAUUUGAUAUUGAUAUAUUAAUAGUAAAAUACACCUAGACAGUGUGUGUGUGUGUGUAUGUGUAUAUAUAUAUAUAUAUAAUUUUUUAUUUUACACUUUAUUAACUUUAAUUUUAUUUUAAUUCAGCCAGCAGGGGGACUACCUGCUGGCAAUGCAGCAGCCAGCUAACCCGGCCAUGUGCAUAUAGACCAGUGAUGGUGAACCUAUGACAUGCGUGCCACAGCUUGCAUGCCGAGCCCUCUCUCUGGGCACGCGGCCAUAGGUUAUCGGUAGGGUGCCUUGGGCAGCACUGCCUUGUUAGCUUCGUGUCCUCGGGGCCCAAGAGCUGGCCGGCUGGGUGUCUGUGAAUGUCAGUGUAUAUAUGUGAGUGUAUGUGUAUCUGUGAGUGUCAGUGUGUAUAAAUGCCGCGUUGGCACUUUGAGGGGAAAAAGUUGGUUUGUAUUCUGGUUUGGGCACUCUGACUCCAAAAUGUUCAACAUCACUGAUAUACACCAUCUGUAAACUUUAUAUUGGAAACAUAUAUGGAAUAACUCUAGGGGUUGCACUGUAUUGUUGUGAAAGCCCUGCCUUUAAAACGAAAGCAUGUAUAAAUAGAAAAUAUUUUGUAUUUAGUUCAUAAAGUCAACAUGUUUCUAACUGUACUUGUUACAAAUCUUUGUCAUGAUAUGUGUGUUUAGGACUUGCUGAUGGACUGGAGAGAACAUUGUGUGCCAAACAUUUAAUUCAGAUAGAGCAGAACAGAUUAUAGAAUUGCAUAUGGUGACAAUUUUAGUUCUCUAUAGCGAAUAGAUUGUGUGUGUAUGUGUGUGUUUUGGGGUUGGUUUCUGUUUUAUGGGAGGGGGUGGGGUUUUUAAAAUUUCAAUAUCAUAUAUCCAUUCAAAAUAUUAAGUUGUUCUGAUUAAAACUUAUGUAACUAAAGUAACUCUAUAUUUUUCUUGGAAUGCACACUUGUGCGUCGAUUGAUUUAGUUAGAAGUCUAGACCAAAUUUGGCACAAGUUAUGAAACUAUUGCAACACCAAUCAGUGCCUCACUACUGGGGUGACUUAUCAGAAUGUCGUGUCUGAGUAAUGGUGCAAACUUCUAGAAGAUGAGCAAUCACCAUGGUAACCAGUAGAACAAGCAGACACGUUCCAGUGAUGAUUACUCCACUUUUAGGACUUUGCACCACUUUUUAGAAUAAUAUAUUUUGAUAAAUCUGACUAAAAUCAAUCAAAUCAAUUUUGAAAAAUUAUGGAAUCUGAUGGCGCUAUAUAAUAAUAAUAGAAAUAAUAAAUCUUCCUCUGUUUUGUAAUCAUUUUUCCCUACAUUUUUUCACCUACUCAUUGCAUUAAAGCAGUGAUUUCUGAAAACGGGGUGUUUGCUGAUAUAGAAAAGGCCUUACAGAACCUUGCAAGACUAUAGCGAUAUUCCAUAUGAAAGAGACACUCUAAGCACCAUAACUGCCACAGCUCACUUUAGAGGUUAUUGUGACAGUCCCAAUGCUGUCUCUCCUUUUUGUGUGAUUUCACUAUCAAAUACAAAAACAAAUGAUGUGUACUAUGGUCGUUGCUGCCGCCCAGGAGUGAUGGGAGUUUGAGCGCAGGACUUGUUUUUUUGUAUCACACAGCCAUGUUACAAUGCUGCCACCCAUCCCAUGUGUUCCUUACUAGGGGUUAAUAAGCAUGUAGGGGUGUAUAUAAAAAAAAAAAAAUAAAAAAAUUCCCCUUUCUGUCUCAUUGGAGAGAUCUUUGCCAGUAGCUCUAGGAAGCAAGGUGAAAGGUGUCCUACCCAUUGACGUGGCAGGUGAGCUAAAAUCUCUCAUGGUCAUUGGAGGAACUAAAUAACCUCCAUUUGUUUAAAUAUGCAUAGGGAUUUGGGAAGAGCGCAUGUAACUUUUUUCUUUGGUUUUUACUCUCAGCCAAUGAGUGCUGUCCAACUUUGGACAAAAUUAACAUUGCUGGUUGUGUGUGGCGCAGGGAGACUUUGGUUCCCAUUCUCCCCAGUGUGUGUAACAAUACAGUGCUCUGCCCACAUCUAAAGCUUCUUUACGGCUUCUAGUAUUGUACAGUAGAUAGUGUCAGCUAAACACUCUUGCCAAUCAGCAAUGUCCUUGCCUGUCAGCACUCCGUGGUUCCAGUCAAUCUCCGUUUAGAAGUCAGAUGAAUAAGGAUCAGCACUGGAGGCAGCCUUUGGGGCCAAAACGUUCUUGAACAGUUUAACUCCUUGAUGUAAGAUAGCAACUGGGUGCUUCCUGGUACCAUAACAACUUAAUUUACAUGAGGUUAUUACGGUGAUCAGAGUUUUCCUUUAAAUAUAAGCCAACUUUAUUUGACUGGUUUCUUCUCUCACUAAUACAGCAGUCACCAUGCAGCCUGUCUCAGAAAUAGUUACAAAACAAAGAGUCAAACCAAUAGAUACAAUCAAAACUCUGUUGACAAUUAUGUGGUACUCUAAGCACACUAUUUUUACACUGUUUCAAAAAGCAGGAAAGUGUAUCUACCUUCUUAUGUUCUCAGAUUACUAACAGGGCUCGACAACUCCCAGUUCCCCAUGGCGUAUAGAAAUUUAGUCCUGGUGUCUAGGAUUUGUGAGCCUGUUCCCUCCAAGGCAGGCAGCCGGCUGCGCUUUCUGUAGGCAGAUGGUGAGGGAGUUGUGAUCUCCAUGCUUUGCUCUUUCACACGCCCCUUAGUGAUGCUGGAGCCGGAAUAUGUCACUCCAACCCUGGCAGUGCGCGAGGGAGUAGACCAAGAGGAUCACAGCUCCCUCGUUGCCUACCUACAGAAUGUGCUGCUGGUCGCCCGCUUCGGAGGGAACGGGCUUACACAUUCUUGUAAGUUUAAAAAACCGAGCUCCUAACUUUUGUAGCUGGCUUCUAGAUUCAAAGCAAAUUUGUAAAGCCAUGUCUUAUAAUUACAUGUGAGUGGGGUCUUUUAUAUUUCUUCUUUUAUUGCCCUUUCUGCAAGGUUGAUAUUUACCCCUUCCGGGAUAAUUUUUCUAAAACGUUUGCAAGAUAAGGUAUAUAUCUAAACAAAUGGGGGGUAUAAAUUAAACCAAACAAAUACGUAAAAAAGUACAUAAUUAAAUUCUGUGACAUCUCUAAAUAUUCGUCAAUACACAGAAUUGCUGUGUAAUUUUUAAUGAAAUGUGUGGAAUGUGUUAAUGUGUCUGAAGUUCUCUUAUUGUGUUUUAAAUUCCAGCCUAUUCUUAUCGGCUCUGUACCUGUGGGAUCUGGACUCAGCUGGCACAGAUCACUUCCUCUCUGCGUUGUGGGUGGUAAUCACAAACUUUAUUUCUGGUUUACAGAAAUGUAAAUAUUUGUGUUGCAUUUUUAUAAAAUAAAGAUUAUUAUGGAAA